AUGUUUCGUUGGCUGCUUUUUUGGCGAUGCAAUCGGCAAGUUGAUUCCUUGGAUAGGAGCCACUGUAACCUUACGUUCGUGCCCGACGAGGUUUACCGAUACGAUAGAUCUUUGGAAGAGCUUUACUUAGACGCCAACCAGAUCAAAGAUCUCCCGAGGGUAAUUUCAAAGCUUUAUGCAGUCAAAUAAUAGUCUUGGAGGCAUUUAAUAACACGAUUUUUUUCUCCCGGUGUAGCCGUUCUUUCGCCUGUACAACCUUCGACGGUUAGGGCUAAGUGACAACGAGAUCGCUCGGUUACCUCCAGAAAUAGGCAACUUAGCGAACCUUCAAGAGUUCGACAUUAGCAGAAAUGGUAAGUUACGAGUUAGAUAUUGUUUGAUAAACGAAUUAUACUUUCGAAAACCUUUAGUAGAGUACGCUUUAGUCUUCAUGUGUAUGUAUUUGCAGAGCGGGUGCCGACAUUUCAGUACGCUGUGCGUUAAGAUAAAAAGUUGAUAUUGUUAUAGCACGAUCUUACUGCUUAUGAAGUCAUCGACUGCUACUAUAAGUUAUACUAGCAAAUUAGGCCACGUUUAGGUGAUAGAUCCAUGUAAUAAUAUUUCUUGUCUUAUUUUUCUGUAGAUAUAUGCGAUAUUCCCGAGAAUAUAAAGUUCUGCAAGAGUCUAGCUACACUGGACCUAAGCGGCAAUCCCGUGUCGAAGUGAGUCUGUUGUAAUUAUCUCUGUCAUCUAUCCGAUCGCUCAAGAUUUUCAAUUUUUAAUUGUCAAAGAGCAACGUGUGGUGAGGCUUUUGUAUGUUCUGUAAAGACUGGUGAGGCCGACUUGUAAAAAGUUGACCUUCCGAAGCCCAUUCGAUUUUGCUAAAGUUUGUUUAUGUUCUAGUUGUGCAUGUGAAAACGAGCGAGCGACCCUCGGCCUUUGGUCGAUUCUCCGGUUAAUUUGUUGUGAUUUUCCGCUACAUUACUCGUUCAAAGCUCUAUGCUUCUGCUAUUUAAAAGUGUGUAUUAUCUUUCGUGUUUAGGGAAAGUUAGGUCACUGAAUUACUUAUGUUUUGCUUAAAUUCGUAUAGUCAGUUAGAAGUCUUCUCGGAUUUUUACUCACGCGACUAAUCGAAUAUUAGAUUAGAACCAAUUUGAUGAGCAGAAAUAGAACUAAUGAUCAAUCAGCGAGGGUUUGCCCUUUUUAUAAGGUUGUCUUUUGUCCUUUCAUGCUGUUCUCUGAUGGGAUUCACACAAAAAUAGUUUAAACUAAACAACAGGGAUGUGUAUGUAAAAUUUACACACACAGUUUAGUUUCCUCAUAAUGCAACUCCCGUCUUUCGUAGCUCAUAAAGCAAACCCUUUAACUCGGGUCUGAGAUGAAAAAAUCACUGCUUUAACAUAACAACAUAACCACUCAACAUUUCAGUAGGUAAUCAGAGCUUCCUUAAUUCUGGCUUAAAUUCCUCCUCAAAUAACGUGCAAAUCAGUUCCAGUUGUAGAUGGAUUCGAAUUGAAAUGAAGUGCAAACGUAGAUUUACAUGUAUCCGUUUCCUCUUUGUUGAUAUUUUGUUCUUUGUAGCUUACCGUGCAGGUGCAAAUCGUAUACCUACUUUCAAAACAAUUUCGCUCGUCCCUCAAAACAUUUUUACUUACUAUAAACACUGGAGAUUAACGCGAAUUUAACUUAGCUUUCCUGUUUCUAGCACGUCGGAAAUGCCAGUCACUAAUUUCUUGUAUGGUCGAUCGACUUCAUUUCAUCAUUUAAUCGAUUUAUCUCUCUCUUGACCGCAAAAUGCAGAAAAAUCUUAUAAUCCUUCUACCAAAAGUUUUGUUUUGGCGUAAAUUCAUACAUUUAACAUAAAGAUCUCAGUUAUUGUGUACCCCAUUAAUACUAGUAAACUUUGUUAUAUGCUGGAUUUAUAUUAUAAUAGUUCCUGUGUCUUGAUCUUUUAUUACUUCAUAAAGAAACGUAAACAAUUUGACAUGAUGCAUUUAUAUUUUUAAAUUUUCAAAUUUAUACUUUUUCCUGAAAGUCUAGAACUGCAACAGAAUUAAACCCAUCUUGAUGGCAUGUCAUCCUAUUUUAUAAAAUUUAUGCCGUUGAAAGUUUAUAAAGUAUAUUUACAAGUUUUUUUAAUCUGGAGUGGUGUUGAUUCCAUUCGUGAUUUUUGUUGUAUAAUAUGUAUAUUCAGUCAGCAUUCUUCAGAUUGCAUUUGUGAAAUGCCAAUGACAAGUGCACGCUUUAACUGUUCUCUAAAACAUAAUGACUUUUCCGACUUGUAAGGCCUUUUCUUAGUCAUUAUACAUUUCUGUUAUUUCCUUUGAAAAAAUUAGCAUUUGUAUUUUUGAAGUGAAAUGGAUCAAGUAGUUGCCCUUCCUUUGACAUUUCUGUCUUUGCAAACAAAGAAUUGUCCUUUUACGUUCAUCAAGGUUUGUUUUUUUUUUUCGCAGACUCUAGCAUUAUAUAUGCAGUUGUUGCAGUUUUAUCACAGAGCCUUUUUUGAAACAGACUAAUUCAUGUUUCAUAACUGUUUGCUGUACUUAUGACAGGAUUAAGAAGAAAUUCAUUGAAUUGCAGUACUUGAUAAUAAGAUUACCUCUUUGUGUGCCUUAGCAGGCUAUUUAUAGCUUGCAUGAGUUUUAGCAUAAUUUUUAUCUGGUUUUCCAGAAUAGUAAUAGGAUAGCUGUUAGUAUAUCCUCCUUUGCUAGAUCUUGCAUUCAUUACUAGCAUCUCUAAUUUGAUUUUAUGUUGUUUUUUUGGUCUGUAAAGGAAAUGUGUAAGUUAUACCACUCAAACUUAUGCUCUUUUGACAUUACUCUGUAAGACUGAUAUAUUUCUUGACACACAUUUGGAAAAACUGAUCACUUCAGUGGUCAAAAGAAAAAAAUAAUAAACUUCAAAGUUUACUGGAAAAUCGGGAUCGAGGAUCGAGGAUCUGUUAAAAAGAGCUUGAAAAUAAAAGAAAUGAAAAAAUAGUGGAUCAGUGGUGAUGUGGGUGGCAGACUGUAGAUAAAUUUCACAGAACAUAACACCGUUCGCUGUACUGAACACUAAAUUCAAGUAAACUUAUACGAGUCUCUCUGCGUCAGUGAUUGUUUUGACGAGAAAGUGAAAUUUUCCUGGAAAAUGAAACACUUUAUCCCAGUGAUACUGUAAUAAAAGAAAAAACUUUAACAGUUUUUAAUUUUUAAUUGUACAUUUGCUUUCAGUACUCCUUACUUUCUUGUAAUUGUUGUAUGCACGACCCCACCAGCAAUGCUGAUCUUUUUAUCAUGCUAAAAACUGCUUAAACAUUGUAUCUGAGACUGCAUGGAGAUAUUAAAAGUAGAUACUAAGCAGCUAUGGAAAAUGUAAUUACUUUCACGCGAUGUUGAUAUCUUAUAAAACGGACAACAAAUUCAGCAGGAAUACGUGCAAACUGAAUUAACUGUGUGUUGUAUAAAGGUCUGUUAAACUUAUACAUUUUUCCUGUGCUGAACAUAUACUGUACCGAGCCGUAUCUUGGUCCAGUACAAAGAAGCUAUGUAUAUUUAUACUGACAGAGUCAUGGGCCCCUGAUAGCAAUAAAAAUCAUUGCUCAAUUUUUUGAGUGUAAAAUCCCUGGAUGAAGCAAUAUCAGUAUGUAUGUUUGAGGCUAAGAUGUGCGGCCUGUCUCUCCUUGCAAUUUUUACUUUUUGAGUAUUUACAUUAUGACAUAUAACACUUGUUUUGUAUUCCAAACAAAAAAGUAGUAUAACGGCUCUGGCGCCUUUGACAACAAAACUUAUUUCCAAGCAAGCGAGACUCAUAAACUAACAGAAUUACUGUCUAUUGAUUUUGAUUAUAUUUGGGGGUAGUGCUUAUUAACUUUUUUUUUCCCAAUUUUGGUGUUUAUUCAGAGUAAGAGAAAAUUUUCUUAUCCACUUGUCCUUCAGACAAGCACUAUAUUAAAAUUGGUUGUCCAAAACCCAAGAGUUCUUGUCCAAAAAGUUUUGCUCGAAACUCGGGCAUUUAAUGAUCUUCUCUUGAUUCACUUAAUUCUUUGCUAGCAUCCAAGAUUUUUUCUUUUCUUGUUUGCUUUGAAAGAAAAACUAACAAAGAAGACUAAUUUUUGGACUUUUUUUGAUUCUGCCAUUCUCAACUCAAAAUUUUGAGCCCGGGAAUGAGCUAAGUCUUAACAGAAGUAAUACUAUGGUAAUUUUGUUUGACUUCUUGCAGACUUCCUGAUGGAUUUGCACAGCUCAAGAAUCUCACUUCUCUCUGUCUGAAUGAUGUUUCUUUGAUUCGAUUGCCUCCAGACAUUGGAAGGUACGAAGUGCAUGACUCUGCUAAUGUGAAAUCCUUGGUUGUCGUGAAUCAAGGGCAACCUUACUGUGAAUGCUCAUACUUAAUCUUGGAAUCUUAUUAUAUAGAGGAUAUUAUACGGUGGCUCGAAGAUAUGAAUUUUAUUUUUGAGUGGCAAAACAAUAUUUUACGAAUGAGCGUAGCGAGUGAGUAAAAUAUUGUUUUUACCUUGAGACAAGUUAUUCAUAUGAUGGAAUUCUUAAUUUUUAUGCCCAAAUGGCACAGUCAUUAAUUUUAAUGUUGCCAGGUCCAUGUUAUGACCAUCUAUUGCUCUGUGACAGUUUCCAUACUUUUCAGUACAUGUUUUAAGUUUGGUCUGUUCAUUUCUUGCAGUUUAACUGAACUUGCAGUCUUGGAAGCUAGAGAAAACCUGAUCAAAUACCUUCCAGUGUGAGUUUCAAAAGGAUUGAAUACCUUUAAAAACAAUCACUUUGAUCAAGAUGCAUCAAAGGAACCAAUGAAUCCACUCUAAGCAAGGAUUCAUUCUUGGUUCCUUUGAAGUACCAUGAUCUGAGUAAUCUGGAUCACAGUGAGCAAAGAAAGUUGUGUCCGAUGGCCCAGGGCUAGUUGAUUUUGUCAUCAGGCUAGUGCGUUCUGUUCUUAACUUGUCCAAUGUGCAGUUGAAGGUUUUUGGAAAACUUUGAAUUACAGUAGUAAUGUAAGACAAUUUGUUUAAAUUUCUAACAAAUUCAUGUGGACAAGCUGAUCUGACCAAGUGAAAUUACUGUAAAAUUCCGAAAAUAAGCCCCACCAUGUAUAAGCCCCUCCAAAUAUAAGCCCCCCAAACCGGUAAUGCAAAAAACCCUCCCUUAAAUCGUCCCUCCAAAUAUAAGCCCUCCGGGGGCUUGUAUUUGGAAAAUUACCCUCAAAUACAAAGUAAAACAAAGCAAAAAUGGUAAAUUUACUUCCAACUAUAAUGCUAGCCCAAUUGAGUUUGAAACGCAAAUUUCCCUCCGUAGAUAAGCCCCUCUGAAUAUAAGCCCCUCCAAAAAUAAGCCCCGCAAAAAGGGCCUUUGAAAACUAUAAGACCCGGGCUUAUUUUCGGAAUUUUACGGUGUUACACUUAUUAUUACUGUCUUUAACUAUCUAUUAUGCAAAUAAGAGAGUUUUACAGUGAUGAUGUCAUAAAAAUUAAAUUUUUUAAGUUCUGGAAUUUGUUGGGAUUUUUGAAAGAACAACAUCUGAAGGCCAACUUGCCAAAAACUUGCAUUGUGGGGCAAAUUGUGUCAGAGAUGCUUGUCCAGUUUUACUCUGGUGACUCCAUCCCAAGAGAGAUCCACAUGCAGUGGACAGGAAAUAUUAACAACAUGGAAGUCAUCAUUUGUGCAAUUUUGUCUCAUACUUUACACCUGGUGCUGACCAUGCACGUUUUAUUUUCUCGUGAUGAGAAGAUAGUGAUUAAUAUAUCUCUCCCCCAAUCCUUUACAGUUCUAUGGAAUUCCUUGCUAAGCUUGAAAGACUUGACUUGGGUUGCAAUGAGCUUGAAGAACUUGUAAGUUUAUUUAAAUGCUUGUGCAUACAUUAUUGAUGUCCAGUAAUUUUGAUUUUGCAAGUUGAAUCGAGAGAAGGAUUUUAGUUUUAGCUGCAAAUUCUAAAUAUAGUUUGGAUUUCCAAAUUUUCAAUCUCUCGUUGUUUUGUUUUAUAGCCUGACAUUGUAGGAUCAUUUCCAAACUUGAAUGAAUUAUGGCUGGAUGGAAACCUUUUGAAGACAUUACCUCCAGUAAGAGAUCUUUAAUUUGUUAACAAAAAUUUGAAGACUUAUCUUUUUGAAGAAGCCUAUAAUUUUUAUUUUUUAUUUCUAGUAUGCAUAUUUACAUUAUAUUAUGUGUAAAAUUAUCUUAGCAUUAAUUUUUUUUAGAUUCCAGAUUUUUUAACUUUUAUUUCUUGUACAUGUGUACAAAAAAUGUAAAAUCCUACUUUUGAGAAACAGACAGAGUUUAUCCUAGUGAAGUAAUUUUACAAAGUCAAGAAUAAAAUGUUAUCAAGGCAGUAGAACUGGUGCUCAAAGGUUUAGAGGGUGCACAAAAAAGGCUGUAGAUAGGGAAAGUUAUUCCAAAUUGCCCUUUAUAACAAGCGCAUUGCCCUGCAUUGUUAGAGCGAAGUAGAAUUAUGUCGACAGUUAAAGCUUAACGCCUACCAAAUUUUGUACCACAUGACAAAGUAUUGCUAAUGGUUAUCAUUUACAUGUAACUAUACAAAUACAACAUUUUUUCAUGUCAGCUUUAUCUAUAAGAAUUAUUUUGGAUAAUAUUUAUCUGCUUAUUUUUAUGAUUUUGUAAAUUGUCAACUUAAAAUCUUAAAAUCUGAUGAUUCCCAUUUACUGUAAAUGUGAGACUGAUCCUCUCUCUUAUGAGAAAGAACUUAAGCAAUGGUAGCAACUUACUUGAGCUUUUUGUCUUCUUUUUGUACCUAUAGAAUAGGUUUCCAUGAAUUUGUGUUAAUUUUUAUAUAACCUCUCUUAGUAUCAAUUUUUAAGCUUGCUUUUUGCUCGAGUUGAAUUUAGUUCUGAUUCCAGGUGAAUAAUGCACUGAGUAUCUUAGUUUCUAUGUAUAGCUGUAUGUUAUAAACCCCAACCAUAAUUUUUUUUCUUUUAUAGGAAAUAGGAAACCUGAAGAAGCUCCAGAUAUUUGAUGCUUCAGAGAAUAAAAUAGAGUAUUUACCAGAUGAAAUCAGUGGUUGUACUGCACUCACUGACUUUCAUUUAUCGCAGAAUUUGUUAGAAGAGCUUCCAGACACUAUAGGCAAGUGUGAACUGAAGAGUGUUACUAAUGAUGAUCCAUACUUUUUGGUAGCAAGAUGGGGGAGGGGUAGAAAAAGAGGGUUAAUUUGAAUGGUCCAAUCAAAGGAUUUGUUCCUUAGCCCAAAAAGUAGAGUCAACUCUGAAAAUAGGGAGAUCCCAUGAUAAUAACCGUGUAUAUGUUACAAGUCAAAAUUAUACUCUGGUUAAAUUUUUUUUAUCCUAGGUUGAUUCUCCAUUUCCUUUGUCUCCUAGCCCUAAUCCAAUAAAAAAUUAUUAUUCAUGGAUUAGGGCUAGGAGACAAAGGCAAUAGAGAAUCAACCUAGGUUAAAAAAUUCUAACCUGAAUAUAAUUUUUACCUGUAACAUAUAUAAUGUCAUUCUAUCUUUUGAGUAAAGUAUGUGGAUGAAGUUCUUUGGACAGGUGUGACCUCUACAGCAGUUUUUCCACUUGGUGCUAUUUAUGUAGUAUGGAGUUCUAACUUUUGAGUUUGUGAACAAAAAACCCCUUUUUUGGGGCCUUUCAAAUGAAACUUAUUCAGCAGUGCUUUCACAUGGUACUAUUUAUUUAGUAGAGUAGAUCUUACUUUUGAAGUUUGUGGACAAAAACGCUAUGUUGGAAUGUCUUCUUCUAGAGAAGACUAUAUUCCAAAAAUAUUGACUGUUUUGUUAGAGAUUUAUCGCGUUUACAUUUGACCUUUGCAGCCUUUUGUCUUUUGUCUGUCAUUCGUAAACAAUAGCUAAAACAAUGAAACUACUCCGUCGACCAAUUAGCACUUCUCACCGGAUUCUGGACAGAUUUUGCAUCAUCAGUAUAGAGAUUUCUGUCACUGAGUCGCAGACAUUCCUCCUCGCAAAACGUCUCUCACCAAUGAUCAGCGAGGAGAAACGUCUGCCUUUCGCAGGCUAACACCCAAUGUGCAAAUUUUUUUUCGGAUUUUCAACUGGCAACUGUAUUCCCAAGAUUGUUCUAUCUGUAAUAGUCUCUGGAAGGAUUUAGUUAUUUGUUUCUACCUUGUACCUGCAAUCUUGUGCAUAACUUGUGUCUCUCAAGAGUACAUGUUGUGUAUUAAAAAAAAAAUUAUUUAAAAUUAUUUAAAUCAUGUUCUUUAAGCACGACUCACUGGUAUUAAUCUAGUGGCUGGUUUUGCCCACUUCAGGAAAACUCAAGAAAUUACAGCUUAUCAAGGUUGACCAGAAUCGGCUUCUUUGUCUAACGCCAGCAGUUGGAGGGUAAGUUCAUGUACAGCUGUAGAAUUUUUUAAUGAUGGUCAGUAUAAGGUAACAGGACUGCUUGUGCCCAGUUUGGUUGUUAUCGUACAAGUGAAAUUAUACAUGUAAAAUUGGGUAACCACACCAAGGGAGUGCAAAAUUAAUACAAAAAAAAUUGGACAACACAUAAGUUCUGUUAACAAAUUAAUCAUUGUAAUGGAAACAAAUUUCAGUUGCUGUUUCAUUAAAACACAAGAUCUCCAGACAGAUUUUUCCUGGUUAUGAAAAAAAAAAAAAAAAACCUGUCCGUUAAUGCAACUGUUCUACUACAAAUGUGAAAGGUUUGAACCCAUCUGUUCUACUAUGCAGCAUGCACUGUGCACUUUAUUUUGCAAGAAUAUUGAUCUUUAUAUGUUCAUAUGUUUAUUACUUUCAUAUUCUAGGCUGUCCAGUUUACAAGAGUUAAUAUUAACAGAAAACCUUCUUGAGGUGUGACUCUUAAACAUAUAAUAUUAUACAGUGGGUACUUUACAGCACAUACUUUUUCUUUCUGCAUUAGUGUUAACUUGGCAUAAACCACAAGAAACCAUCUUUUGUUCCCUGCUUUAUUUCACAUUUUGUUGGAAAUGGCUUCUUAAAUACCCCCCUUCCCCCAUUACUGCAUAAAAUAUUUUAAGAUGGAAUCCAUCAGCAAACUGAGUAAUUUUAAUUUUCAGUGGACAAAAACCUUGUACUAGAAUGUUUUAGCCCAUAUUCACAUUCUUUUUGACACUUUUCAAGGGCUAUAGAUGUAAUAAGCCCGAGAAAUUAAUUUCAAAAUUUCACAGGAAUUGAGAAAACACAGGUAAAUCAUAAUGCAUAAGAUUUCAUUUAGUAAAAUUUGAAGCUUUUGAAGUUUAUUUUCUAAGACUACCAUAAGAACCUUUUCUUUGGAGUUAUUUCAUAUAACUUAUUACAUAAUUUAUAGCCCUCGAAAAGUGUGAUGAAAUAUAUGCUUGAAAUUAUUCUGUCCACUGAAAAUUAAAAUUACUCAAUUGCCUUGAAUGGAUUCUGUCUUAAUUAUUAGUAAAAGUAAUUUUAAUAAUUUUGCAAUUGUUCACAGGUAAAUAUUGCCUUAAAUUUAAUUGAAAUGUAAGGGUCGGUUAUUUAAAUGAAGUCUAACUUGGGCCGCAGUUAAAGAAAUCAUUUGACGUCCAGAUAUCUUUCUUAAUGGGUUUAUUUGAGAAAAUAAGAGUGCUUUUCCAGUCUUCGCUAUAUGCUUUAUUCAAAUUGUUCGUGAAAAAUAGUUUUUAGGUAAAAGCGUUGGGCAGAAUGAAAAAUGGAUUAGAACCCGGUUUUGUUAAACGCAGGCUAAACCCCCGUUUAAAUAACUGGCCCUAAGUCUUCGUUUAUUUUGCAGGAACUACCAUCAACAAUAGGGAAACUUCACAAAUUAACACAUCUUAAUGUAGAUAGGAAUCGUCUCACAGCUUUACCAGUUGAGGUGGGUAAAACUUGACUGCACAGCAGUCAUUUCAUUAAGGGAACAAUGGAAAUAAUGAUUAGAGUUUCUUACACAAAAAGUAAGGUCUAGUGUCAGAUUUUAAUGCUUACAGUCUAUUUGAGUGCAGGCACUCAGCUAUGUCAUGGUUCAUUUUUGUCAAGUGUCUGUAAUGAUAUUAUUGUGGUUUAAUUUUAUCUCUGGUUUAAAUAAUUAUUAUUUUCCUUUUUUUUGUGUUUGGGCACAGUAUCAUUUGAUAAUGAUUUUGAAACAAAAUAUGUUAUGGUGAAAUGAAAAUUGCGUUUUGAUCUGUCCAAUGGUUCAAGGCACCCUAGUACCUGUCAUUUUAUAGUGGUCAAUGGAACUCUCCAAUUUUUUUAUAGUUAAACAAUUUUCACAGGACCUGCACUAAGUAUUACCCCUGUAAAAUCAAUGAAAAUGACCGAUUCUGAAGAAAUGUGGAGAUCAAAAUUACAGUGACGUACGUGUAGGUGUCCAUCCAUCAGGAAAUAGUUGCUGUAGUAAAUAAGUUUAUUAUACAAAUGUAUUUUUCUUUUUAUUUAAUUAAGAACAUUUAUUAAGAGAUUCUUUUCGUAGCAAUUAGUAGGAAUUGAUGAGGAGAAGUAAUUUUACUGGUUAGCAUGUUGAUGUAGUGUUUAAAGGCUUAACUGUAUGGUGGACCUUUGCAGAUUGGAAGCUGUACAAGAUUAAGUGUUCUUUCAUUAAGAGAAAACUGGUUAUCACGCCUGCCAUCAGAAAUAGGCAACUGUAAAAGUCUUCAUGUAUUAGAUGUAUCUGGUAACAGGUGAGACAAAUCUCUGAAGAAAAUUGUUACACAGUUUUGGAGACAGAGUUUUUGAGGGAUGUUAAGACUUUCUGAACACUCAGCUAAACAUAGCUUUUGAUUUAACAGUCAAAUUACUUAGUGCUUUCCGCUGGAAACAGAUUACAAUGGGAUAUAAAAUCAAAGUAAUAAAAAGUUAAUCGGGUUAUUACCUAGAGAAGCUAAAGUUCACACGCCAAUGCAAUACAAAGCUAUUGGCAGCUAUUGAUGUCAUUCAGUUUGACUUUAAUACCUGGAAUUUUUCUAAAGUUUUAGGGAAUUUCUCAAACGGCUACAUGUACAGCAGACUUUCUUUUGUCCAGUUUUACAUCAGCAGACUGCUUCUUCAGAUGAUUAUGUGCUUUUGGUAUUUUGUUGAGUGAACACAAAUCAGGUCAGAUAUGUCAGGCUGCCCAAAGUCUGCUUCUUGCGCGUGAACAUUGAAAAAUGCCUUCACCGAGGGUUUUCAGUAAUCAGUUGUUCACUGCUAGCAUUUUGGAUUUCCUGACAAGGAUUCAUCUGUUUUUAGGUUAGAAUGUCUUCCACUUUCUGUUGGAACACUGCCCCUGAAGGCUUUAUGGCUCUCGGAAAACCAGGUACUGUGACAUAUCAGUUGCGAGGAAAAAGCACAAUAUCUGUACUUGUUGUGUAUCAAAUAAGAUGAUGUGUGUCCUAGAAAAUGUUUGGCAAACAAAUAAAUUUUGCAUUUUGUCAUGUGGAUGAAAACUUGGUAUGAAGUUCUAGACUCUUGACUGCAUCCUUUUCUCUCCCUUAUUCGCCCCUUAAUCCACCAAAAUUUCAUCUCUAAGAGUGCUUUCCAUUUGUCGGAACUGACUAGCCAGACCAUUCCCGUUGUAAUGAGAAUUUCACUGUUAAUCAAAACUAUCCAGCCAGAUUAGUCAAAUCCUAAGUAGUAUGCACAAGGAGAUGUUUUUUUUUCAGUAGAUGGUUUUUUUUUCAGAACUCAUGGUAAAAACGAAAUUUCAUUUGCUAACUGACUGGUCUGGUAAUUGUCUGGCCGGCCAGUUCUGACAAAUGGAAAGCGCCCCAAGUUUCAAGAAACAGACUUCUUCAGCCUUCCAUCCACUUUCCCUCCAACCAUUUUAGGUUGCUACACUUAAAACACUAACUAAAAUGUGAAAAAGAAGCGAGGAAGUGAUUAGCUUUUUAAGAUUCUCUUUGAAACUUUAAAUAUACUUUGUUAGGUCAAAUUUGUAAUAAGAGAUUGAAUUUUGUAAUAAUUGCCACCUUACUCUUGGUCUUGAUUUCAUAACUACCCACCCCUACCUUUCUCCCCUACGCUAUCUUUUUCCCCUCCCACCCCACCCACCAAAAUUUUUGUAGUAAGCCCACCCCUUCCCCCCAAAUUUCUCCCUGGCUAUACCUACCUUCCAGUCCACUGUUGGAUUUAUUGCUACAUUACUGUACAUGUACAUGUAGUUUGUAGGGAUAAUGAAAUAACCCUUCACCUUGUCUUUGUAGUCUCAACCAGUUCUGAAACUUCAAACAGAUGAUGAUGAACAGACUCACAGUAAAGUGCUUACCUGUUUUCUGCUGCCACAGCAAGGACUUGGAAGUUUAGGUAAGUAGCAUGCAUUUAAAAGUUAGUGUCUGACAGUCCAGGGCUAGUGGAUUGUGCUAUUGCGCCAGUGAAUUUUGUUCUAACUUGCUUGACAAGCAAGUGAAGUCUUUUGAAGAAUUCAAAUUACAGACGAGCUGUCAGUUAUCAAUGCUGACCAAAAAUUUAAUUUUGGGGGGCUAGUUGAAAUGACUUCUAGCAUACAUGCUAGCUACAGCCUGCCCGAAUGGCAAGCUGUAACACAUUGACUUUCUUUGCACCCUGGGUGAGUCCUGUUUGUUAUUAAUAGGUUUUUUUAGUUUUAACUUUUGAGUCUGUGGAUGAACAUUCAAAUAAAAUGACCUCUUCAGCAGCACUUUCACAUGGUACUAUAAGUGUAGUGUGUAGUUCUAACUUUGAGUCUGUGAAUAAAAUCCUACGGUGUUAGCAUUGAAGUGAAAGCUCUUCAGCAGUGCUUUCACAUGGUCCUAUAACUUUAUUAAGUACUUAGUUCUAAUUUUUAAGUCUGUGGAGGAAAUCCUGUGAUAUUACCACUGAAAUAAAACCUCUUAGGCAAACCUUUGCGUUGUUCAAUGUAUUUCUCAGAAAUUGUUAAAGAGAAGUUAAGAUUUUUAGCAAAAUUUUUAGUUUGGUGACUAUUGAAAGUGAAAGGUCAGGGUUAAUAGGGGUGAUUUUUUUUGUGGGGGUUCCUCUGUAUUAACCUUCCAUCAGCACUCGAAAAACAAGUCCUGUCCAGUAAGUCCUGGACAAGUAAUUUUUAAAGCUCAUUUGCCUGGAAUGGGAAAGAGUCCAGGCAAGUCAUCUUGCAACAUAAUCAGUAGCAUAUAAAACAAGUAAGAAGUUGGCCUGGGCCAAAAAAUGUGAAUGCUGCUUGCCCAAUGGACAUUUUGGUAUUCAAGUUUUAUUUUUAGCCCUGCUGUCUAUUCUAGAUUUAUAUGAGAAAUGCCUUUCAGAAUAACUCUGCUAUUGAGGAUUAAUCUGCCAUCUUUGAGUCUAAGGUGUAAAUCCUUAAGCAUGUUUUUUCAAAAGAACUCCUUGACCACUGAUCAGCAGUAUUUUUGCAUUUCACUAGUUUUUUUACGAUUUAAUGAUAUGAAAUUUUGAAUUUUGUUGAAUUAUCUCUUUGGCAACUGUUAAGAGUGAAAAAGUUAAUAAAAUCAACUAUUUUGUAAGGCUUUUUAAUGGAACAGUAAAAGGUGUUUAAGAAUAAUUAAAGGUGAUCCAAUGAAAUUUAUUUUCCAUUGUGAAAAUUUUAUUAUUGUGAUUUUGAAGAGUCAAGGGCUUUGAAACCAAGGUCAUGUAUUGUUUUUAAAUGAUGUUACAUUUUGUGUUAUAACAUAGAAUAAUAAUUUGUCCAAGAAUCAUUCAAUACAUCUUUCCUGAAAAUUUAGAUUUUAAUCACCCACCAGAAAGGAAAAGAAAUUUUAAUUCACAGUUGUACACUUUGUUGAAUAUUUUUCUAGUGUUAAUUUGUUAAAUUGAAAUCAGGCAGAGAAGGUCCUGCAGAAUUACGUUUUUUUAAUUUACAAUUUGACAGCUUACAUUGAAAAUUAUCUUUGCUCCCUUAUUUGCAUUCAAUCGCUUCCUCUUCCACUUUAAGGCAGUCAAAGUUUCCUUUAUCUUUAAAUCUUGUGUUAAAUGCAUUUCUGUUUUUAAUGUGACAUCACAAAUUUAUUUUCCUGAUGUUGAAAAUUUUCAAGGUUUUUUCUUAGAGAGAUCAGACUUUUUAAGUUUUCUUUUUCAUGUGUGUAGUGUUUGUAUGUAGGCAAAAUGACUGUAAUGGUACCAUGUGGAGAUGUGAAAAAAAUAACUUUCCAUUUUGAAUAUGCCAAAUAGUGUGUAAUCAGUGGCAGGUGAAAAAACAGAAUGCUUACAUUUUUGUUAUGAAAAUUUGAAUAAUAAUACAUCAGUAGCUGAUCCAUGAUUCCAAAUGCUAGCUAUUCACUAAGUGGCAUUGCAGAAAAUAAGGCAUUAAGGUGUAUUUGCAUUUAUGCAGUAAACAUAUCCAUUUUGUGUUACGCAGUUAGCAAUCCUGGCCUCCCUUAUUCUGCGCAAAUGGCGCUAUUUUGUUUCGGGAUGCAAGAGUGGAUCCUAUGGAGUCAGCCAAGGUUUUAAUGUCUUUAUGGUUAAUUUUAUCACUGUUAGAUCUAAACAUUAUUGAUAUAAUUUCUGUGGGAAACCAUCAUAUUAUGAAGAAAAUAUUCUCCUGCAUAACCUUGGGGAUAUCAACUGAAGGGCUCUAGCUUUAUUCAAGUCUAACAUGUUGCAAUAAAAACUAGUGAGCUGAAUACUAUUAUACAUGUAAUAUUUAUUAAACACAACUCAAAUAUGUUUUUUUUCUUCCUGAUAUGACGAAUUUCAUUGUGGAUUGUUAUUUGAUUUUUGCUUUUCAAUAUUAAAGUAAAUGAAUCAGAAUUAAUCAAUCAGAAGAGGGCAAAAUAUAUUUUUAUACUGCUUAUUACAAAUUUUCCUUUUCAACAGCAGUUAAAACACACAACAAAAUGUGAAUUUUCAAUAUGGAACCUAUUUGACACUGUGUUUAUUUACAGAUUUUUAUCAGUUACAAGUUUGGUGUUAUUUUAUGUGGUUAUGUGCAGUACAGAUUGAAAAAUUUUGUCCUGGAACAUGUUUAUAUGAGAUCUUGUUGUUGUUGAUUAAGUAAUUUGUAGUCAGAUUGUAUUUGAGUAAGACAGCACAGUAUGUGUUAUAUAGAACUCCUAACCUGUUACCACUAAUAGUUGUCAGCGAAAAGAAAAAAUCACCAAAAAAUCAAAUUUCUUUUGGUUAAAAUCCUAUGAAACAAAUUGCACUAAGUUUCAUCCAUAAAAAAAAUUAAUAAUACUAAUUAUAAUAAUUUAAAGUACCUGGAGAGAUAAUCUUGCCAUAAUGUUGAUUGGUAGCAAAAGAGUUAAAAUUUUGCUGUAGAAAAAACCAGAUCCUAUAAGAAUAAUAUUAUUGCAAUUUUGGCAUUAAAUAAAGUACAACAACAUCCAUAAUAAUUAUGGUAGUUACUACUCAGUAGCUUCAUUUCAGUGAUCAAACUGUAGGAUUUUAUUCACAGAUCCGAAAAGUAGAACCCUAGGCCGAGUUGUUCAAAGCUGGGUUAAGGUAACCCAGGGUUAGUGCGAGAUUUAAGUUCAGAUAUGAAAGUUUAAGAAUAAUUUCAGUUUUAAUUCUUUUUGUCUACAAGUUGAUUAUUGGAAACUUUAAAAAGAAAAGAGAAAAUUAUCCGAGAAAAUGCUUCUGAACGCAUUAAAAUGAAACCCAGGUUAAAUUUAACCUCGGGUUAAACGCUAAUCCGCCUUCGAACAACUGGGCCCUGAUGUAAAGAAUAAUAAACACCACCCCAAAAAAAGGCUGGUCAGAGCUUUCAUUUGAGUGGUUACACUAAAGGAUUUCAUCCACAGACUCAAAAGUUAGAAGGAUGAGGUCAUUUUCCCGUAAAUUACUGUGUCUUCUCCAUGAUAAGCGUGGUUCUCAUGUGCCAGUGAACUACCUGCGACAUAGCUGCCGGUACUGCCUGUGAUACUAUGCAGACAUAUGAGAACAUGCAACAGGAAAUAUUGUAGGUCUUUACUGCAGGCAUGCUGGCAAAGUUGAACUCAAGUCUAUUUCACAGGCAUGGCAGUGGUUAAGACUGAGAUGGCCUUUGUUAGUGGCGACUUCUGUUCUCAUAUCAGAACGAUAUCGCAGGCAGUACUGUUAGCCUGGCAGCAUAUGAGAACCAGGCUAUAGUCAGGGUUGUCUCCAUAGUCCUCCUAAGGUAAUCUGGACCUGGUUGGUCAACAGUUGGAUGAUGGCAUCCACCUGGCCCAGUUCUUCAAAAGGUAGAUAACGCUAUCCACUGGAUAAAUCACCAUCCAUUGGAUAAUGCAAUCCGUUUCCCUAACACUUAUCACUGGAUAGUGAUUUAUCCCGUUGAUGGUGUUAUCCAAGUUUUGAGCAACUCCAGUGAGAUACAUAGGUAAAUCUCUAUCCACUGGGUAGCAUGAUUGAUUUCCCUAAUACUUAGGGAUGUAUCUGGCGGAUUGCACUAUACAGCUUUUAAACAAUUGGUACCUGGACUAUUACAGGGAAACCAGGGCCAACUUUUGCUCUUGGGUGAUUUGAAAUGCUUAGUUUUUUCAUACAAAACAUAUGUUGGGCACCAUAGAUUUUACCAUUUGAGAGCACUGGGCUCCCUUCAAUUUUCCUUAGGGCACAGCGUUGCAUCCUCUAUGAAUUCAAAUGCCCUGCCCUGGUAGGCCAUGGCACCCAAUUUUUGCUUGUGGGCAACUUGGAAAUCUUAGCUUUUUCAUACAAAACACAUGCAGGGCACCUUAGAUUUUACCGUUUCAGAGCACUGCCCCCCUCCCCUUUCGAUUUUCCUUAGAGCAAAGCCUUGCAUCCCCUUUGAAUCCAAACACAGUGUUAACUAGAAAAUGUCGUUACUUGGGAAGUGCAGUGCUGUGGGAGACAUUCUUCACUGUACCAAGUAGUUAUUUUGCAUUCUUUCCAUACAAAUAAAUGGCAAAUUCUUUCCUUUGUCAGAAAUGAUAACAAAUGAUUUGACGCAUGGAUUUGCUAUUGACAAUCUCGCACUUGAAGAUGCCGAUGAUGUGGUGAGACCGCGUGCUGGUAGCUUACCACCAGUUGUGCAAUUUGCAGAUGGAGACUCAGACCACAGUGAUAAAGAGGUAUGUUAAUCAGUUUUCAAUUUGUCUGUUUUUUUUUUUUCUCUAUAUUUAACUUAGCCUGUAUCAGGCUUUCAGGUAGUGCAGACAUGUGAGAAAAGUGAGUGAGCAGUGAAAUUUAGCAAACAGGGGUACCGGAAUGAGGUAUUGGAAACAAUGCUUCCAUGCUCCACUACUCUGUCUCUCCCAGCCCCCACAUGGGUUUUGCACAACUUUUCUUGAUCUGCUUUCUUCACUCUCUUGGAGCCUGGAACAGGCUAUAUUUAAUUAUUCAGUGUAUUUCAAUGUUCUUAUUAAUACAUAUAUUAUUCAGAAAACAAAUGUACAAAUGUUCCUUAAAGUUUAGUGUGUAGAUUUUUGGAAAUCUGUGACCUUCAUGUUUGCCAUGGUGCAAUUUGUUUCCCCUACAAAAGUUUGCAUAACUUUUGAUUUCAAUUUCUCAAGGUAAAUUUGUUAAUCCCAAGAGGAAUUGAAAACAGUGCUUCAAAACUGUUAUUGGAAAAACAAAUUGCAUAACAGGAAAUGUGAAAGUCUCAAAUGAAUAACAAAAAUAGAAUAAUAAGAUUAAUUAAUUAAUUAAUUAAUUAGUAUAGGUAAUAGAAUGAUUUGUAGUGAUAUUUGGCAUAAAAACCACGAGUGAUAUUUCAGAAUUGUUAUACCUAAUUGCUCGAGCCGUUAGGUUAGUGAAAUUUGAGACAAUUUUGAAAUAUCACGAGUGGUAUUUGUACCAAAUAUCACGUACAAAUCAUGCUUUUAUAAGUUUAUACUACUACCCGCAAAAGGCUUGUAAUUUUCACAUGUAGGUAUUUCAAAUUAAGCUGAAAUACCACUGCUCUAAGCCAAUCAGAUUGCAGAAAUUUCUCAUGUAGUAGUAUAAACAAACAAACGGUGAUAGGCAUGUGCAAAAGUCUUGGCAAAGACAUGUCACUCAAUAGGAUUCCAAAAAUUAAGGUUUCGGCCACAGAGUGUAUGACUUUGAGAGAAAACAGUAUAAGACGUUCAUCAGUUUUGUUAUUUGUUGUGCUAUGUAGAGAUUCAUUUUAAUGUUGUUUUUUUUUUCAUUCUUGCAGUCUCAGUUUGUCCGACAUGACACACCACACCCAAGGGAUUUAAAAGCUAGACAUCCCAAGAUAAGCAUGCACAAGAUGCACAAGGACUUGGAUGGUGUUGUCAUUAAGUCAAGAAAAUCUUUUACGGUCAGUGGUUAAUAACAUUGCUGCCCAUUUUCACUUGCAUUGCCAUAGCUUCAAAACCUCUCUAUUACAGACAGUUCACUUCCCAAGGGUACCAUACAACAUACAUAGACAGUGUGCAGAAAAGAACUGUUCAUUAAGUGGGGUUGACAAUGUACUGGUAUGAGAGUUUGUGACUCAGGAUACCGAAAAGUGUGCCUUGUCCAUGUUAACCGGUGUCCAUAUUAAUCCAGUUAUUUUAAAAGAAAAUAUAUGAGUGUUUAAAACUGUCCGUCAUAUAUGGGUGUUUGUAUGAAGCAGGUGUCCUUAGAGUGAGGCUCCUUAGUAUUUUUUUUGUUCUGUGAGUUGGAUUUUGAACAGCCAGCGGUAGAUGCCUCUGGCUUGUAAGUUUGGAAGGGUUAUUUCCAUUGGGCGAGUGAGCGUGUGAAAGGUACAUGCUCAGUGGGAAAAAUUUAUUUGUUCCAGACAACCAGGCAGGACUUUUUUGAUCCCCAUAGAGGGAGGGCAUGUACUGCAUAUCCUAAGAUAAACACGGCAUACUCUCAUGCAAACACUCCUCUCGGCCAAUCAAAGCGCGCGUACCAUUUUAAUUAUUUUAUAACAAGCAAUGUAAAACCCCUAUUCAUUGCAAGUCAGUGGGUUAGUUAUUUUGAACAAAGGCUGACUUAGACUGUGGUUUAAGACUCUAGUUGGUCCCUUCAUCAUUUACCAAGGUGUUUAUUUUAAGCAAAUAAAAUUAAUGGUGUUCAGGUUAGGCUUAAAGCCUUCUUGUGCUGUAAACUGCAAACAUCUGUUUAGAUGUGAGGGUUAGCCAAAUUUACAAUGGCUUAGAACCUGGUUUUGUGUCUAAUACUUUCAGGAUGAUGAAAGUGGGUCAGAUUCAGAAUUCCGUCCAAGGAGAGCAAGUUUUGAGGAUAAGGUUAAGAUUGUUGAUAAGAAGCAACUGACUGCACCAGAAAAGACAAGUGAGAAAAAGGAAAUUGGUUUUGCAGAGCCUAAACCAGAAGAAAACAGCAGAGUUGAUUUAGAGGUUAGUUACAAACACUGCAAUGUUCCUUAUCAGUGCUAGUGAUCUAUCUUGGUAUUUUAGGACCUAAUUACAUGAUAGGUGGGGUGACCAUAUGAAAAAUUGUAUGAUCAGCAGGCUACCCCACCUAGGCGUGUUACCUUACCUAUCUGGGGUCCCCCACCUCCAUGUAAAUAGCCCCUUACCGUAUCAGAGCUGCCAAUAACAGUGGCUCAUCAGACAGUAGGAAAUCCUAGCUGUGGCCAGACGUGUUGAACGCACAGACGAUUAUCAUCUUAAAACUACAUAUUUGUAUGGUAUUUAAUUAAAAGGCAAUAUGCCUUUGGUGUGUCCAACUAAACUUGUGCUCUGGUCGGACAUAUGUAAAUAAACAAAUAAACAAACAAACAAACUAUAAUCAAAUAAAUAAACAAAUAAAUAAGGAUUUAGAGGUAGCACAUCCACUCAGUUUUUUUUGUCUACCUGAGUAAGAAAUUGCGGGCGACAAGAGGAGCCCGCAAUCCUAAUCUCCAGGUUGUUAUUACGCAUGCGUGCGAAUGUGUCUAGCCAGCGUUUGUUUGGACUUCCUCUUGGAAUGAAUGGAAUGCACAGAACGCAGUUUGAUCACGUGCGUUUCGACCUUCUACCCCUCGUAAUCCGAUCAGGCGUGUUUUGACCAUCGGUCACGAGAAACCUUCGCAGAGCACUCACUGCGAUGGAACAAAAGCGUUUGACCUUAGAUCGUUGUCGCCCGCACUCCGUAACCUUUGGUUAUUACUAGUCUUUUUUAUUUGACUUUUUUUUCUUCUAAUGUAGGGUUCUGACUCAGGAGAUGAUAGCGGGAGAGAACCUAAAAUACGUUUCGAAGGAGAAGACCAUCCUGAAACCGAGAAGCAUGAAAAGCUGCGGAGGCGGGACACACCACAUUAUCUGAAAAACAAGAGAAUAGACCUUCAGUCAAACAACGAGGACAAAGUCAAGGAGAUUCUUGCAAAAGCUGGAGGCAGUGCCGUUGAGGGACAGAAAAAUGAAGUGGUAAGUGUUUAACUCUUCCACUUCCUUAGCGGUCUAAGUUAAGGUAAAUUUAGGAACAUGAAUUUGUAUUGUAAAACUAGAACUACGUAGAAGUAUUGCCAAAGAGGGCCCAUUUGAAUGGUCACUUCUUAGGAUCUCGUCUGCAGAUUGAAGAGAGAAAUUGCAUACUAAGUAGUACCACGUGAAAGUACUGCUGAAGAGGUUUCAUUUGAAUGGUCACAUCAUAGGAUUUUAUCCAAAGACUCAAAAGUUAGAGCUACAUACUGAAUAAAUGGUACUAUGUGAAGGCACUACUGAAGAGGUUUCACUUGAAUGGUCACUCCAUAGGAUAUUACUCAGAGUUUUUCACUAUAUAACAUUUAACCAGGAAUUAUAAAGGUGCUUAUAUAGCCGGCGUAGCAAGCGUUUCCGUGCGGUUUCGGAGCAAAGAACGAGGAACGAGAGUCAAAGACCGCGCGCAAAAUGGGGCGAGUAAAAGAGCGGGGAGGGGGUGGUUCGCGCCGCCAAAACCAAAAAUCCCGGCCGUUCCACGUCGUUCCUCGAAUCGGUCUUGCUCCGAAACCAGAGGGAAACGCUUGCUACGCAGAUAGUGCUUAUAAAGUCCUCGAUAGCGUUUUAUUUACGUGUACAUUACAGCCACAACAGCAAUUCACUAAAGUGUUUUUGCAACGGUGUGCCAGAGCAUGCACUGUAAGGUCAUUCUGCAGACCACUAGAUACUGAAAGUGAGGUGACUUCAGCGUUGUUAAUUUUCAGUUAAACUUGAUUUUACUGUAUUUGAGUAAGUUUUAUCUGAUUUUUAGAAUGAAGAUGAAAAUCAUGGCGGCGAGGCGGAAGGUGGGUUUUGUUUCAUUUUACUGUUAGUACGGUUGGAAAGAAAGUGUCUUCCUUUGAAAGCCUGUUUGUUUUUGUCUUGAAAGUGUGCAUUAUCUAUCCUAACUGUCAUGACAGUAACUGGACUGAUUUUUUAGCAAAUUCUCCCCAUUAUCACCAUGUAAAAUAUUUUGAGGAAACUUUGCAGGCUGUAACGUUCGGAUUCAUUCAACCACGCGCAUGUCCGGUAGCAGGUUUGAAAAAAUGUUGAGCAUUGUUUGCACAGCAUACAUGGUGUUUUGAAUUAAUUUUUAAGUCAACGUUAAUGCCUUUUUUAACAGGCGCUUCUUUGUGCUAAACUAAUGAAAGAUACAUUUUCAAGCUGGUUGUUCAUCACCAGCUUUGCAUAAUAUGUCAACUAAUUGUUGCUGUAAGUUGUGAUUUGUAUUUUACAACUUUUUUUAAAAAUGAAUUUAGCCUUUCACGUUCGGAUAAAAGGAAAAUCGUCCAGAAUUUUGCCUCCGCAUUUAAUGGCUAUAGCAAACCGUGGAGUUUUAUCAACAGAAAAAACUAAGUAUUUUAGUAAAUUUCUCUUUCAACAAAGAUGCUUUUUUAUUAACAGCUCAAGUCUUGAGUUCUAUGUGUUUCAGCUGGAAUUUCGUGGUAUUAACUACUGUUCUUUUUUCAUUCCUCCUUCUUCUUUAAUUCUGUGGCCUGUAAAGGUGUAUUGUUUUUUUUCCAGCGAGGGUGUAAAACAAGGAAAGAGUAAACAGACAGGCCAUUGUCCAACUUUAUGAUACCUUACGUUUGCCAUUUUAAACGUAGUUUUUCUUUUACGCUCUUUUUUAAAAUGUUCGUCAAUUCUCUAUAUAUUACCUUGCAAUAAGAAUUUGCUUGAACCCAAUUUACACGAGUAAAAUUGUUUUCGACAAUUAUUUACCAUGUCGAAGAAAAACAGUCCAAGUUUCACCAUUAAUAAUUUGUGAAAGUUUCCCUAGAUGUGGAAAACUUGCCCGUGAAAUCAGGUCUUAAGAAUCAGCAGAGGUUUUACGCUGAAUUAUUCAUAGAUUUUUACCACAAGUUUUAAUGAAGUGUAAGCUGUUUUGCAUACGAAGCAUUUGAAACUACCUGCUAAAAUCAUCCAGAUCUGUGUUUGUUUGAAUAAUUUUCUUCGUUCCACUUUCUCAACAUCAAAAUGGUUGCUGUGGUUGGAAAAUAUGGUCCCUUCACUCUAGUUUGGUCAGGUUAGAAACAAAUUGCGAUGUCCUUUUCCAAUUUCUGUUUCGUUUUGCUACCGUGAAGUCUUUUAGUAUACACGGAUAUCAGGGUUGCUAAUAAUGUCACUACAUUACGUGUUAAAAUGCCAGUUUUUGAACUUAAACUGGCCCUUACCUUGUGCUAGGCCGUACUUUGCUCGCUGUGUUUGGCGGGGAACUUCCUUUGCCAACAGAAGUAGUUGUUGUUAUGUAAGCAUUUUGUAAGAAUGGCAAGUCACAUCGCCCGUUUUAGAAUUUAUCUUGGCCAUGAGCCUAAUGUAGUCAUUUUCUUUUGUCUUUGUUUAAACUGAUACCUUUUCUUGUAAAAAGAAAUUCGCAAUCUCCCAUCGCUUGUGAGAUUUCAGUCGAUGUUACGACUCUGAACACGACAAUUUAUAUCGUUUUGCAAGAUAGUACUUUUCUCUUGAACGUUGAAGAUGUAGAAAUAAUUUCGUUACUGCCGAGUUACCUUGUCAGUCUUGAAUUUGAAGUGAUGGUGCGAUGGGGUAGAUACGGUAUCAGGUCGUUUCGCCCGAAGGUCGGUCAGCCCGAUAGCAGUUCGCCCAGACUAAGUCGAUUCGCCCCAAGCGUAUCUGUCGUUCUUUAAGCCAUUAAAAAGGGAAUAAAGUAACUGCACAUGUGGAAUCCAAGGGUAACUAAAAUAACAUCUCGAAAGGUAUGUUCACCAUGUUGUAUAGUGUUGUUCGUCAUCGGGCGAAUCGACCAAUGUCCUUGCGAACGCCGUGGGGCGAAUCGACUUUCGGGCGAAACGACCGCAAUUCAGGAGAGACAAAGCUCGAGUUCUUGUUGAAUACCUGCACAUGUUUGUUAUUGCAUUUAAGUCCACCUGCUUUUUUCGAUAAACUUAUAAAUAGGGUCUGGGUUCAAUUUACUUUUAUUACGGGUAUUUUCAUGAAACUCAACUUCAGUUCCUCGUUCAAAAUCGUGUUUGCGAUGGUCAUUUUGAUAGCCUUUAGUUUAUCGACGUAAUUCACUUCUUGAUUGACUGAUGUUUUUCGUUUCGUCUCUGUGCCUUAAACGGCCAGUUAGUCAGAAUGCUGAGCGUUUAACAACUCUUAUAUUCGUUUGUAUGUUAAAACUGGGGUGGCAACCUUUGCUAGUUCAUUUUAUUUCAUAAGCAUCAUUGUAAGGCACAUAAUUCAUCAGUCACUUCUUUAACACUGAGGCCACAAAAAGACGAAUCUGGAUAUUUUUGAAACCGCGUUCACUUUCACACAAAUCGGCCUUCUGUCCACACGAAACCAUGCAAUCCGCACGCCGAAACAGCAUCUUUGUUUAACGCCCCGUGCAGACGAAUCCAGGUGAAAAAACUGUGGCUUCCAAGGCGUGGAAAUGGCCUAAAACGUUUUGGUUUUAUGCAAUCUGCAGAUAAUCAUCAAUAGAGGUGCUUUUGAAGAAUUUGGUUGACAUUAUGCGAUUGUGUAACGUAACAAUUGAAGAAAAAGAGGGCUUAAUAAAAGAGCGGUAGAGGUGGGGCGGAGUUUGGAGGAGGGGGGAGGGGAGGGGGUGUUUCUUGGUUUUGUGGAAACCAUUGUUGGUUCCGUCGCUUUGAUGUGGGUGUAGUUCAUUGUCUUUCCAAUCUUCUGUAUUACGUCAUUUGGUGAUUGCACCUGUCCGCAAGGGGCCACCUACCCCUCCCCUAAGCCAACGUUAACACUUCUCACUUAGGGCAAAAUGUUGGCUUAGGGGAGGGGUACGUGGGCAGUUUCCCAGAAACGUAUAAUGAACCGAAUUAACGACCGUUUUAUUAUCCUGUCUUCUUGAAGCCAAAGACAGCUCAUCAUCGGAGCGCUGCGUUGUUAUUUGUGGCAUGAUCUAAAGUUAAUUAUUGAAUUUGCAAAGUUAGCCUGAAGGUACCCGAAGCUCGUCCAUUUUUAAAGGUGAUGUUAAACGGGACGAUCCGCAACGACGAUUUUUAGCGCAACAAUACGUUGCAGUGUUGGAACAAUGUCGUAACCAUUCGAAACAUCGCCCAACAAUGUUGUCACGCUGUAUUGCUCCAAAAAUCGUUGAUGUGAGUCGUCUUGUGUAACAUCUCCUUAAAGGAAUUCGCAAUGCUUUCGAAGAUAAUGCUUAUCGGUGGGUAUGUUUCGUUUUCAGAGGGACCAACGCUGAAGAGGAAGCCGACACCUCCAAAAAAUGGCCGACGAGCUAGCGAGGAGGAUAAAGCUGAAACAGAAGAAGAACAGGAACUCGUGACAGUGACUAAAGUGGUUGAAGAGGUUAUUAGUGGGUUUAUUGCUUUGUCACAUAUGACGGAUAUUUAUAGAGCAGGAGAGUGUCACGCAUGAGUUUACCGGCACAAUAGGUUUUUAACCAAGCAGAAGAAAUGGGUAUAAUAGAUAAGGUGGGUCUUAGCUUAGUUGCCCCUUACCUGAUAUGACUAAUCUUGUUUCUCGCAGAUUGAAUACACAAUCCAUCGUAACAACAAAGGUCUUGGAAUCAAUAUCGCGGGUGGAAAAGGAUCAACUCCUUACACUGGAAAUGACGAGGUAUUUAAAAAUAAAAUUCCUCUAGGACGUCAAAGAUUUUAUUACAUUGGGCCCUUGGGCUGUCAUCUAAGAUGUAGACAUGCAGCAGUUUGUUAAACAGCUUCUGAACGUCAUGUAAACUACUGGGUAAAUAAAAUUUACUUCCUUUCUUUUUGUCAGGGUAUUUUCAUUUCCAGGAUUUCUGAAAACGGCCCUGCAGGCCAGGAUGGAAUUCUGAAGACAGGAGACAAGAUCUUGAAGGUAGAUCACAUCAAAUACAGCUAGACUGCUUGCAGUCCGCCUUUUCUUUUAAAAUCUGCCGAGUUAAAAAAAGGGAUAAGGGAGCUUAAGUAAAGACGACGACGACAGCAGUCAAAACGAAAAAAAAGCAAUAGUCUUUGAUUAGUAAAACAACAACUUUGCGCGUGCAUCACGAUUUCUUGUACAUUUGUUUGCCGUUGUUGUACGACCACGACGUGAAACUGCCUAUUUUCACUUUUUAUGGAAGACGUGAACUCAAGACAACGAUUUUCUAAUUUUUUUUAAAACUUAGAUACAGUCCUUUAGAAUUCAGCUCCAGAACAAUUCACAAAGAUUGGACAAAUUCGACGCCAUGGAAGAAGGGCGAUGAAUUUUGAAACAACGUGAAUUCAAGUUUUAAGAGUCGUUUGUUCCAAAUUUUAUUCCUUUCGUUUGCUCGUCAUAUUUUAUAACUCUUUGCCGCUUCUUUUAAAAUCUCAGGUUAACGGUGUUGACAUUUCAACUGCUACUCACCACGAAGCUGUUCACGUUUUAAAAAAUGCUGGAAAUGACAUUCAUCUAGUUGUAGUAAGAGAAAGAGAAGAUUUAGAGAAGCGAACAGUAACGACAACGUCCAGGGAACAUCUCCCGACGGCGUCCGACGACAAUGAUGCAAUCGAUGAAGCUCUUGAAGAAGCCUUCAGUAAGGAAGAGGUCAAUGAAGUCCACAAAGAACCAGAAAUUGAGCUACCGAAGGUAUGAACCUCCCCCCCCCCCCAACAUCCCCCCCCCCCCCCCCCCCCCAAACUCCCUUCUCAACCCACACAACCCCUGGGCGUAGGGCCUUGGGAGGUAGACAGAUUUCCAGAAAGUUCUCUUGUUGCCACUCAAGGAAUACCAUGGUACUAUUCCACUAUAUCCUGUCUUGUAACGUUCCGACGUAUGGGAUGAGUUAAUAGACUCUUUUUUUUUUUCAAAUUUACUCCCGAAGAAACCCCCCCAAGACGCCCCCCAAAAAAGAAGAAAACAAAAAAAAGCCUGAAAAAACCUUGAUAAAAAAAAAGGUCAAAAAAACCCACAAAAGACAAAAAAGUAACCUCCCAAAGGAAUGACCCCCCCCCCCCCCCUAACACCCCCCCCCCCCCCCCCCCCCCCCUUAAGUGAACUAUAUAAACUGACAAACCCGAGAGAGGGACAUCUUGGAACUUGUAACAUUUACUGGGAAUUGCGUUUUAUCUCCCUUAAAAAAGAAACGGACCUUUUUAGAUUGUAUGUGUUGUUUUCCCAAUUCAGAGCACUGAUGUUCUCCAGGGAAUUUGUUUUUUGCCUUUUCAUAUAUUAUGAAAUUUGGGUUACCUUCACGUGGUGUGAAUUGGGAAAACAAAACAUACAGGUAAAAAGGUCUAUUAACUUAAAAGAUCGCUUGUCCAAACUGUCCAUACUUCAUCUUAAGUUAAAGACAAACCUUGACGUGCAACUAUGCAAGCAGGCUCAGCGAGGAAUAGUUUUAGACGUUUUAAAGAUUUAUACUUGUACCAAACACCAUUCAAAUACAUGAAUACAAACAUUUUGAAUCUUAAUACGGACAUUGUUCAAUGUGCAAAAGACGAUGAGUUUAUUCGAAAUAUUUCAAAAGCUUCCUCAAGGUUUUCACAAUUGUGUUGGUUUCUAUGAAGCUUUGUUGUUGUUGUUGUUUUACCUUUUGGUUUCUCUAAUUGCUUUGUUUUCUGUUCAUUACAUUAUUAUAUCGCAGUUAGAUAACUCUGAUUUUUUUUUUAUCAGGUGAAUGAUGAACCUGCCAAAGAAGAAACAAAAAAAGUUGGUGUUCGUUUUGCUCCAGAACCGGAAAUGGAGGACAUUCAAACAAGAGUCGAGGUAAGCAUGAUACAUGUAGAACAAUGCGAGGGUUGUUGGUUUAUUUAGAAGUUGGUGUGCGUCUUUCCGAAGUGAAUGUAGCAUUUUUGUGUAACACUGUUGCUGUUUGAACUGUAUUUAUUUGGUUUUGUCCUCCUCACAGAAAGAGACAAUAACGUUAAAAAGAGGAGGCGAGAAAGGCCUGGGGUUUAGCAUUGCUGGGGGUCGCGGAUCAACGCCUUAUAAGGAUGGGGACUCGGUAAGUUGAUUCACGUCAUUGCGUGAUAAAUGCGUUAUUGGCCAAUCGUGACUUGAAGAUGGCUGGGUUUUGGCAAGGUUAGUUUUUGCGUUUUUGUGGACCGAGAGUAAGACGAGGUGAUGGUUUAUAAAAGACCAUAAAAGCGCAAUAAAGAACGAGCUCAAUACUCAGCGAUCUUCAGGGAACAAGUCCGUUAAUAAUGGAUUUUCGUACUGCCAAAGAGAGGACUUCUUCUGGCGGGACCGGUGCUUUUAUCUUAACAUCAUUUAUCAUGAAAAGUUUCACGAAUGCACUUAAUAAUGCAUAAGCGUAGUCUACGAAAGCACAUAUUUUCUUAAAAUUGCCCACUGAGGAAGCUAUCUGGAAGUCCAAAGAUUUGCUAAACCAUGGCCUAAGUUAGACUUCGUUUAAAUAACCGACCCUUAGUGCUUAGUACUUAAAAUACUGCUUUUAUGACCUUAACUGGAGACGGGGCCGCCAUGUCCAUAUGGCUAUCCGUUCUAGGCACUCCCAAGGGUCGAAUUGUUUGCAUGAUUGAUCCGGUCGAGGAUGUAAUCCGCACUCCUUCGCCCUGCGAGUUACGAUAUCACUGCUCUGCGGCAGUUAGAAGAGUUCUAGUGUCACAGAGAGAUUUAACGGAUUUAGGAAGAUUGUAAGCAAGAGGGAGUUAUCCUCUCUUGUCAUUAGUUAAAGAACUUUCUUCUUGAAUGUUUUCUUGAUGUUUGUUGUUGUUCCUUUUCAGGGAGUGUUUAUCUCUAAGAUUGCUGAAGGUGGUACUGCGGAGAGAGACGGCAGACUACAAGUGGGAGAUAAAGUUCUUUCGGUAAGGAAAUUGGCGAAAGAGUACAUUGUAGCAACAGCGCUUCAAUCUGCGGCCAUUUUCAGGGCUUGAAGUAAUGCCCAGUCAAUGCACAGUGUUCGGUCAAAAGUAGGCUUUGUCCGGUCAUACAAAUCCUUGGAUGAACGGACACUCUUCCUGUCGUUUACGCUUCUGUUGGAAGAUUUAAUUGUAUAAAGAUAUGAGGUAAUCAAUAUUUGUGCGGACAAAAACGGGUUGUGUCCGACCAGACACGGCAGCCUGAACACUUCAGAAUCCAGUACUGGCCAUUAUUGGGCUGGGGCUGCUCAGUAAUGAUGCUCCUUGUUAUUUGUAACAAGGCAUGGUCUCUCUGUUUUUUCAGAUUAAUGGUAAGGACAUGAAAAUCGCCAGACAUGAGGAUGCGGUUGCCAUGUUAACGGGCGGCCUUUCCUACGUCACAUUAGUGGUUUGUCGGGAAAAAGUCAUCAACAAAAGAAUGCUUCCGUUGUCCAAGCUGCAGGAUCAGUCAUUUCUUAACAAGAAACUGGGAGUAAAGGUAGGAUCUUCUGUUAGUCACUGGUCGAAACUUUACGAUUAUUCUGUUACCCUGCGGCUAGGAGCGGGACGUUUACCGUAUAAAGAGGGUCGAGAUACCGUAAACUGCCGCUUGUAAGCCUUGGGUUUAUAUAGCUGAUUCAAUAAAGGUUGCUUUGGGAAUUGGGAAUUGACCAUUAUGUAUAAAGUUGUUAACAACUUAGUUCAUAUACCUCUCCCAAAUACAGUUCAGCUUUCAUAUUCGAGAACUCGAGCGAAUCAUCCUUUAAUAAAUUCAAAUGCAUAUAAGCAUUCUUUGUUCCCAAGGGUAAUUCCUCUCUGAACAGUCUGCCUAGCGAUGCCGUCUGUGCAGAAUCAGUUAGGUCCUUCCACGCUAAGUUAAUGCAUUAAGGCUUAGCUACACUGAUUUAUUUAAGUAUUUUGCAAUAAUGACGAUCAUAGUUAAUCUAAGUUUGUUUGCAAUAAGCUUUAUGCCAGGGUUAUAUGUAGCGUUUAAAUGUACUCCUCUCUUUGCCGUUUGACCUUUUAACUUCUGUAUAGUGUUUUUGUUUACUUAACGAUUACUAAAUAUGUAUGUAUUGUGCAUUGGGCAGCUAUUGUUUGGUGGUCACUGGAGCUAAUCAUGACAAUGAGUUUUUUGAGCAUUUUAGUGAAGUAACAGCAUUAAGCAUUAUUCGAGCGUUUUUUUCAGGGAAAAUGAAAAUAAGAGUACAGGGGACCCCCAAUCAAGCGGACACCCUCUAUUAAGCGGACACUAAGCCGGGUCCCGAUAUUAAUGUCUUCUUUCUCUUGAUAACGAACCCCUAUUGAGCGGACACCUCUAGUAAGCGGACACGGACACUAAAAUAAAUUGUAUUAGGCUAAUUUCUAUUGUUAAAAACCUUUGUUAAGCGGGCACCCUCUAUUAGGCGGACAGUUGGGAAGGUCUCGAAGGUUUUCGCUUAAUUGAUGUUUCACUGUACUUGUUCCUGGAAAAAAAUUUUUUCAGAAAAAACGGAGACAAACUAGAAAAAACUAGAAAUUCAAAGUGCGGAGACUGAGGAAAAGUUAAUUUUUGCUGUUUAAAAUGUUAGAAACUUGAUAAAGUUGUUGUUUUACUACGUGUACCAUUUCGGUAGUGAUAGCACCCUGGUGGGGAAGUGUCAAGGGCGUAUACUGCGCUAUUGGUCAGUUGUUAAGUAUUUGUGUGUGUCUUGGUCAUUGGGUAGAGAAACAACAUGAACCGAAAACAUCAGGUGUUAAUUUUGGAACUUAAACGCUAUAUUUUGUUACAAGGACGAACACUUUUCUUUUGCAGGAGCACCAAAUAUUUAGUGACGUGUUCGGAAUCAUUUCUCAGUGAAAUCAACUCAAACAUGCCACAUUUUCAAUUGGCAAGAUUUACCCAGCGAGAGGCGUCUUUUCAAGUGAAUUAACUUUCAACCUUCUUUUCUUCCGCAAAAAGCGGUACAUGGCUUCAAGAAGGCUGUGAAAGUUACCUGUUAUAAUUUCGUCACAUAAAUAUGGCAGCUAGAAGGGUUCACAAGUGUCCGCUGUGAUUUCUAUUCUCGUUCUUUUUUUGUAGCCUGAAAUGAACCAUGUCUCGCCAGAAAAGCCAACAGUUAAUCACGAAGAAACGAAUGGAACGAAAGACAUGGACAUCGAGGUUAGAUUUUGAUGAACUCUCCCUUCACCUUUGUGUCUAGUGUCCGAUCUCCAAUCAUUUUUGUGGGUGAUUCGGCUCGGGAGGGUGAUUUUAACCCUGUAAGUGCCAAUAGUGACCAAGAUCAAUUUUCUCCUAACAAUAUCCAUACACUGUCAACAGAUAAGUUCUGAGAAUUAAAAUGAUCACCCAUGUAAAAUGCCUUGAUCUUUUAUCAAAUUCUCUCAACUAAUUUUUUAAGGCAAUGUAUGAAGAUCAGUUUGGACAAUUUGUAUGUGGUUACUGGGGCUUAAAGGGUUAAAGGAAAGAAGAGGAAAGACUUGACCUUUUUCUUUUUCCUCCGAUCAAACCCUACGUCUUGCGAUUCCUACAUCAGUUAGGAUUUCUUUUGUACAUCUCAUUUGAAAUUUUUGUUAUUGACUUGUACACACGUAUAGCACUCGCUCCAAGACAAUGUUUUUUGCUUCUGUCCGUUUUAAUCUCGCUGUAAACCCUGUUAAAUACAGUUUCUUGCUCUCACAAUUCUCGCACGUAACUUAUGCACAGUCCUUCCUUUCGACCGAAACGACCACAUCUAAAUUUUGCUGCUUUAAUUGAAUAGAGUCAACUAUAAUGGGAAAAAAAGGAAAGAGAAAAGCGAAUACGCGUUUGUCGAAAUUUCGGACAAAAGAUUUUUAAGAAGAACGAAGAUGAAGAAGGAGGGCUUGAAUUUUCUUGCCUCCUUUUCCAUUACAGUUGUUUCUUUGGAACCAUCACGUUAAGUGACGUACGGCGCCGUAACAGAGCAAUAAAACUUUGAGAACUGAAAUUCAUUAUUUUAUUUUGUAGGAAGUUGUUUUAAAGAAAGGAAACAAUCCUUUAGGCUUCAGCAUCGUUGGAGGCUCAGAUCAUGCCAGUCACCCCUUCGGCAUGGACGAACCAGGAAUAUUUAUCUCCAAGGUGAGUGCAAAACAGAAGUACUUUUUAGACAGCAAGACAGGGCUCGAAAAAAGUCCAGACCGGUCGUCCGGGCGGGGCAAGUUAAUUUUCUUGCUGGCCAGGCAACCUUUUAAUACCAUAUUUAUUUCAUGAAAUGGAAAUGUACAAUCGUUGUGAUACCAAUGUAAAGAAUUAAAAAGUAAGAGUUAUGAUUGAAUGUUUUUUCCUAUCAAUUCUCAUAGCGAUCUUGGUCGUGUAGUUUUUUUCACUGUGUUUUCACAAGUGAGCGCAAAGGUCUGGGGCAAGAGUGGAGCUUGGUCACGUGUGUAAUCAAUCUCUACUAGCCCUUUUGUACCCUUUAACAGACCCAAAUGACAGAUUUCCCAACCGUUUUAUAUACUUCAACUAGUGAAAUCCCUACCCUUUCAUAUGCCUGAAGCCUGAAAAAGAGUACCCCCACCCUCCUCCCCCGGGAAGCAUCUUACUUUAUAUCCUCCGUUAAUUUCUAGAUUGUUCCAAAUGGAGUUGCAGCAACGACGCAUCUGCGGGUUGGAGAUAGAAUGUUAAUGGUGAGAACCUUUAUAGUCUUUAAUUAUCCAAUCACUUCUUAGCACGAUAAUACAUAUAUAUGAAAACUAGGGGAAAGAAUCGCUUGUAUGUUAGAGUUUUAUCGAAGACAUUACUUAGUUACACAAAUAUUUGCCAAGCAUCAUUGGGCAAUUGACGAGUAAUCAACAAAUGCCUCUCCUUAGAGCCAAUCAGAAAGUUGAAAACCUCUGACGUAAGUUAUCAAAUUCGCGCCUUUAUGUUUGUAAGCGGCAGCUUUCAAACAAAAAGGCAGCGCCAUAGCGCCACAUUUGUUAAUGAGAGAAUGGCUAUUUGUAUAUGGAUACCGUUAAUUUUGUAAAUGAAGAAUCGCAACUACGAAUAGAGACUAAGAUCGACCAAUUUUAGUCCGAGAGUUAAGAACGUUUCUUUUAGAUUUGACAAAGUCAUCGAUAGUAGAAUGGCCCUUUUUUUCUCUCGCAUCGACUUACUUUAAAGACAGCGAAUACCUUUUAGCUUUUUUUUAUUUCAUAAGCUUUUUGUUUCUAACUGCAGCCGUUUUUUUACGUAAUGCAACAUGAGACCGCCUUUUUAAAAGGACGCCGCCAAACUCAACGACAUAAACCGCAAGCGAUAAUGUCAUAGAAACCGUCUUAAACAUUAGGUUAAUUUAGUAGAAAGGAGACAGACUGACUUUAAAUGGAGAAAGCGCCUUCGGGAUAAAACAAUGUUUUGCGUUACAGUCCCCCUCACCAGCGGUAUGUUUGGUCACUGAAAAUAUAAACAGGGUUGCUUUGUCGACGCGUUACAUUGCUUGAAGCCGUAGAGUUUUCUUUUUAUUCGGAUUUAUUUUAGUAGACAGAAAUUGCCGUGCAAGUAGUCAUUUCGCCUUAUACAAAAUUUAGAGGGGAGAACAUUGUCUGCUUCUUUAGUUCUAUAUUCAAUUGCGGUUGUUUUAUUGACAGCUUCAUUAGUGAACAUAACGGUAGCAAGUGACCUAAUCGUCUGUACAAAAAUUUAAAAGAACAAUUGGCAACGCCUUAACUGCCCACGUAAGACUUUUGCUCUAAAAGGAACAGCAGAAACGAAAUCGGUAUUCCUGGUGUUUCAAUAUAAAUGCGUCAAUUCAGAGGUUUUGUUAUUUCUUUUUCAAGUUCUAUUUUACGUUGGCCGACAAGUGAACACCUACGAGUUUUUUUUUUUUUUGGCCAAACCCAUUUCCUCUUUCAGGAGUUUUGGAAGUAACCUUAGUUUUUUCUCUCUAUAAAGCUUUUCCUACUAAGAAAGUUCUAGUGAUUUUUUCAGAGGAGUUAUUUUUGGUUGUUUUUUUGUCGGACUAGAAAGUUCAUGGGUGGAUGCUCACCUUUGGACUCGGAGGCAAUUAGGAGAUGGAAACACGAUGACGCGAGUCACGGGAAUUUCAGCCUUUAGGUUUUUCUAAGGGGCGUGGAUCUUUCAAGAACACAGUUUGGUUCUGUUUAUUUAUGAAGGUGGCAGAAGUCUCAUUGUGAAGGCUAAAGAUUGUUAAUAACGUUGAAGAUCAAUUUUGACGAAUUGGAGAUGCGUUUUUUCAAACUUCUGAGUUGUGAGACAGACUUGUCUGGUCAUCACUCUUUGUAUUAAACUAGACAGCGAUUUCUUUCUGACCACAAAAUAUUCAAAAACUGUUAUUAUCCUAACACAACGAGAUAUUUUUUUUUCUUAUGGUUGUCGUUAAUUUGACGGGUUUCAGCCGCAGCAGGACUUUGUUGUUCACUUUUGCGCGACAAUCCAAUCUUUUGGAUUGAAAUUCCGCUACAUAAUACAUUUUGUUACUUCAAAAACUUCUUCCGCACUUAAUUUCUUUAUUAGCGUCAUAAACCUGGUCUGUUAUAAACAACCGGUCCUUUGUGUUAAUUGGGUAUUGAUAACUCCUUUAGGCAGUUUCCGGGGCGACACGAUUAAGCAAACUGCCCACAAGUUCCCUUGUAUUUGAGAGUCAAGCGUCUAUUAUUUGUCUAGUCUUUGGUUUGAAUUAAAAAAAGACACCGGAUGCUGUUUUCUGUGUUUAUUUUCUUCUUUUCAACUUGUUCGCCGUCAAAAACAAAUUAGUGGUAUUUGCUUAGUGGUAACUUAGGAGAAAUUUAUACGGCUUAUAUAUGUUGCAGUUAAAUUUUUAUCUCAGGUAAUUUUUAUUUUUCUUUUGUUUUUAGGUAUGGUAAAGUAUGCUAAUGAAGUUGAAACAAAGGAAAAAUAAAAAUUAUCUGAGAUAAAAAAUUAACUGCAACAUAUACAACUAUAGAUCUCUGAAAUACACUUUCGUACGGCCCCACUGGUAUUUCCCGUCUUUUUACAAGUCAGUGUGAAUGAACAGGAAUAUGCGUCAUAAAAUGAAGCAAAGUUGUGUCAAAAAAGUCCUCGCUCCACUCGCCAAGAGGUCCACUUGUAGAAAGUCUAUAAACUGACCAGCUGUCAUAAACUGAAACUUACCAAUACUUCAUUGCUUUCUCUUCUUGGAGCACUCUAUCCUAUUCUCACUCAAUUUCGCAAAAAAGCGUGAGCCAUAUUUCGCGAGUAUUUGAAUUUGAAUUUUUAGUGAAUUUUAAGGGAUUUUUAGAUUUCGCGAUACUUGCGAAAUAUUAUGUAUUUAUUUUAACCUAAAGUUGACCUUUACAAUUCCGCGAAAAAUUCAGUUAAGUUCUAUAUAAAGAAUUAAACUGGUUAACACGGCACCUGAGCGUGCGUGCAUAUUGCAUGCAUACAGCGUAGUUGCAUCGGUAUUCAGACGUCAGCAAUUCCUCGACAACUUUUUACGGUACUACACGAGUGGAGUGUUCGCAUUCGCGUGCAAUCAAAUAGCCUUUUAGUUCUAUUAUUUAAUGAACCAUCACCAAUCAAGCACGAGAGUUUUCUCAAACGCGCCGACCCUUAAGUAUACAACCUUCUCCACAAGAUGUCUUGUUUUCUCUCUGUUUUAACAUUCUUUGGCAAAUGCACUUGUUGUCGCCUAGAUAAUAAGCGGCCUAUCUUGUCGGGCCAUCAAAGUCGCGGAGUCUUCUAAAAAGUCUGCAAAAUCGAAUUUAUCGGGCUAAAUUGCCCCCUUUGGGCUAAUUAAAAUUGUUCGCGUCAUGACAAAAAAUAUGUUAAAAGUGGAGGCGCAAUUCGCUAGGGAUUUGAUAUUAUUAUAUGUCUGUUUGUAUUCGUUACGUUCGGGUUGUCAAAGCAGUUGAAUGAAAUGCUUAUGUGAGCGAUUGUAAACGGGACAAGUGAGCAGUUGAGCGUAGGAAACCAAAGUAAGAACAUCCAAAAGAGAAAUGAUCGGUGUGGAUAUGGUCAAGAGUUGGCCAUGUGCUUCUUCCCUUCGCAGAAAGGUAGUUUUUCAUCAUGUAAUUUUUAAAUCCAGUCUUCCAUCUUUGGUUCAAAAUUUCAAUUAAUUUGUAGUGUCAGGUUAAAUCUUUUAACCUUGAGUAGCCUCUCAUGUGAGUGCUUUAUGAGCAAAUAUUUUAUGGUGUUUAUUUUAUUCCUUUCGUUGAAUUUUAGGCGAAUUAACCAUUAAAAUUUUGAACUUAAAUGGUAAAAUUGAGUCUGUUAGGUUCCAAAAUACAGUUUUGUCUAGCAUAUAACAGCUUAUAACUAGUUUUAAGUGGGUAUCAGAUCGUUUUGCCCGAAAAAGAAGUCAUAACUUGAACCUUAUUGCAUGUAAGGUAACAUAAACUAGAAUUAUUGACUGAAAAGUCUUAGUAUGAAUCCUGUUAAUUUUUUUUUUCUCGUUCUAAAACAUCUACAGGCACUCGAUACAACGAAGUAGAUUUCGUGAAGUCUAUUAAACAUGUCUUAGUAUUUGUUAAAUUUGGGAAAAUAUUAUACCGUCUAGUGUGAUUCGUAAUGUUCACGGCAAAUUGCAUGACUGGCAAAAUAGUUUUCAUACCUCAGUAACUGGGCAGUGUUUGUUUUCUUUUUGUUUAUCAUUAUGGUUGUUCAGUUGAGCGAGUCUUCCAGGUCCCCGAAAAUUCAAAUAAAAUAUUAUGAGCGAUACUUUUCUGUGGUACUGUUUAUUCUGCGGUACAAUUUUACUUUAUAUUCUGAAUCUGUAUAUCAAAUCUUAGAGUGCAGUCGCCUUUCAAGUGGGUAGUACUUCUUGUACAACUGUGAUAAAUAAUACAGUGCUGACUUUGAUAACGUGCUACUAAUCCUGAAGGGUUUCCGUUUAAAUGAAAGCCACGCAGUGGAACUUGUAGCUUCCAGACCAUAACGAUGGAAUAGAGUAAUAAAUUUUACCUUAAUACUACUUCUGUUGCUUAAUGAUGUACGUAACACUUUGCAUUUUUUCUUCUUCACGUUAGGUAAAUGGAAAGGACAUGAGAAAUGCUACUCAUCAAGAAGCGGUAGCUGCUCUAAUAGCGAAUGUUUCGCUCAUAAAACUUCUUGUCCGCCAUGACCCACCACCAAAAGGUCUCCAGGUAAGGCAAAGUAUUGGUAACAGGUGGUUCGCCCGAACGCCGAUUCCCCCGAAGUUGUUUCGCCUGGACAUAUCUCGAUUCGCGCCGUGAUUAUUUUGUCAUCGCAUGAAUCGACUUACGACCGGGCGAAACGACCACAAUUCAUAGCAUUUUCUUUUUUACCUGAUUUUUGUCUUGCUUCUUUGAUAAACCGGACGUAAAGAACAAUUUGACAAAAAAUCUUGUGUUUUCUUUUGCUUAUCGACCCUUUUUUGUAAGUUCAUGUACUGUUGUUAUUGAGGCGUGUCUUGCCGGCCGAUUUGUGCCUUUCGAGAUAAAACUUCAAACGUCUGAAAGGCAAAGGAAGUAACCAGUUUGAUAAGGUAUAAACCCUUCUUUAGACCUUAAAAAUAUCAUCGAGUUUGUGUUUUCAAUGGUGCUUAUUCGUAAGGUAAAUAUAUCACAUUUUUAAAUUGAAAAGUAAUGAUUUGAUGAUCUGUCGAUUGUUUCCUAAUAAUAGUCGUAGUGAUGUCCAAAAUUCGCCCAUGGCGAAAAGUAGUAAAAUAGCGCGGCGUUAUUAAUUGGCAAUUUCCUAGAAGAGAGUAAUCUCUUAGUAAAGAAACACUUCUUUCCCUUUCGUGUUUUCUUUUACCUUUUUGACGCUAAGCCGAAUAAAGUAUACUGGCUGUUGCUGAACAAGAACUAAUCCUACAAAAGCGACCGAAGGUUUUAGGGCUUUUAAAGCCAGUCUCGCCAUGGGUGUUUUUUCACGCUUACUACAAUAAAAUACAGGGCGGUGGCAAAAUUCAACACUUUGACAAAACAUGAAAGGCCAUGAAAACUUGAUUAGUUUGUCCGCCAAGUUUUAUUUAGAACAACUACACGAGAAGAACUUUGCCUCUGCGUGUUUGGCUUUUAAGAGACCUGCGUUUGUUUACAACCAGGUUACUUUGUAAAAUUAUUCCUUUAACGGGAGGAGUAAAAUUAUCAGAGAUAAGCUGUUAGUCUUUGUCUUUAAUCGGCAACCUUGUCCGCUUUUUAAUCUCCUGGAUUACGACAAUAUUCUUUUCGUACAAUUCGUACCAUUAUUGCUUGUUUUUAGUUCCCACGAACUAUUUAUGAACGGUUCUAAUGUUGUCUGCGUUAGAACAAAGAGUUAGGAUUUUUGUUUCCGGUUUUCGGCCAUUUUGUUUUUGAAGUUUUGGAGCCUUUUUGCAGCCAGGGUUUGUUAGGUCAAAUGAGUUUCUUUUAUUUUAAAAGUUCUUUGACUGUUUUUGAAAAGAUGCCGAAAACCGCAAAUAACGCUUUCCCGCCCCACUUUACGGAACUUAGUGCAACCUUGCUUGCCUAGAAACAAAAACAAUAAAAAAAACAACAACAACAGCAGCACUGAGACGCCGUUUUUUUUUAACAAGAUGACUUGUUAAGUAAAUGCAGUCUUUUUCCGGAUAGCAAAGAGAGACCAUACUUUACUUGUUUAUUAUGCUGAAAUGUAUACAUCAUUUCUUUCAAUAGGAGGUUCAUUUGCACAAAUGUCCAGGAGAGAGACUGGGUAUUAGUAUAAGGGGCGGUGCUAAGGGACAUCCGGGAAAUCCGCUGGACAAGACUGAUGAAGGAAUAUUCGUGUCUAAAGUAAACGAAGGAGGAGCAGCUUUCAAAGAUGGCCGUCUCAAAGUUGGACAAAGGAUACUGGAAGUGAGUAUUGUGAAACCAUUCACCACUUUAGAAAACGAUAAGAGUAACUGGGCCAAGUUGACUUUCGCAAAGACUUCGGGACUGUUACAGGGAGAAGGGAAAUAGCUGGCCAAUAGCUGACCGACGCGUCAUCAGUAACCAUCCCAGAAACAAUUGCGGGACGCACAUCGGUUCUAGUUUCCUUCCCGCUUCUAAGUGGCCAAUGAAAACUGAACAGCAGUAAAUGUUACCGGUCUGAUAAUUUUUACUGCAGCUAGAAUAUUGACUUUUCAAGAAAACCAGUAAUUUUAUUAACUAGAGUAACUUUAAAAGUGUCAAUCUUUACUGACUGUGUAUCACUGAGACACUAUUUAAUCCCUCAUAAGGUCAACGGUACCAGUCUCCUUGGAGCCACGCACCUCGAAGCCGUGCGAUCCCUCAGAGGGAUUGGGGAGAAUUUAUCAUUGCUAGUGUGUGAAGGUUUUGAUCCCGCUCAAGUACCCGCGGGACAAGCAGCAUGGAUGCAAAGUCCCGUGGCCUCGAUAAAUUCAGGCCGAACACAAAGCGAGGAGUCACUUGACCGGGAAGUUAUUGUACCUCCAAACGAAAGAGCGUAUGAAGACAUUAGAAAGGAGAUUAAAAGACAGGUACACCUUAAACUUGUUUUUAGCUUUUCAGUUGUAUGUAGGACUUACUACUUAAAACAGAAUGAGUGACCAUUUUAAGAAAUUGAGGAAAAUACGAACAAUCGUUCUCCGCUUUGACGUAUUUUUCCUUGAAACGCAUUUGAUUUUCUUCAGGCGCUGCAAAAUUUAACAUGUAAAACAGCGAAACCACGUUACUUGCGUGACACCUUGGUGCUUAGCGUUCGUUGUGUGACUCACCGGUGCUUUUGUAAUCCCGUGCACAUUUGCAUUCGUUUUUGGCGAGAAGUCAAAAAAUUCCACGAAGAGCGGCCAUCGUAAUGUUUUUCUAUGAGGAAUAGCGCUAUAAAUCCACAAGUCUUCCCUUCAAGCUCGCAAUUCUUCAGGGGAUAUGACUUCCUUUUGCGUGUUUACGUGGCGAACGGUAAGCUGAGUUUAAAGACACUUACGAAUACUAUUCAUACGACAGAAUUCUGGUCGUGUGUCACUUACUAAAUGGCAUCGCCAAAAACCCCCAUUUAUGGAGUUCAUUUUUGUUGCAACGAAAUAUUUGAAAGCUCUUUUUGUGGCAAGACUGGAAUGCGGUAUAAAGUGUACUCAUAUGCACACGGCAAUAUUCGAGUUUCGAUGGCAGCCGCUUGGCUCGAAUGAACUCCGAUUUUAAUGUAAUCGCCAUGGAAACUGGGCUUAUAGGGAAACCUGAAUGUUUCAGCAAGACCACGAAAAAUUUUAAUGUGCUUUUUUAAGCUCUUGUCUAGAGGGAUUUUAAGGGAAAGCGUUCUCGAGUUUUCUUUAUUUCAGCUCUUUUUAAUACCUUUAUCUCGAACUUUUCCAUUUUUUCUUAGUCGUCCGCUCACAGACUCUAAAUAGUAGCUCAGUUAAUGUGGCUCUUAUAAUAUCUUCUGCAAGACAAAGUCAAAAAAACGUUCGUUUUUGGAAAAAGAACUUGAUAUUGGCCCGAGUUUUGAUGUCUCGUUUUCUCCCAGAAUCAAAUGUAGAGUCAAAGUGCAAGCCUGUUUUUACAGGGCGACAAUGCGACGUUCCCUGCCCACCUGGGAAAUAGGGCUGCAAUGUGAAUUGUCCAAAUCGUAUGUUGUUACCAUUCAAAUAAACUUUCGCAUGGUACUGUUUGCUUGAAACAAAAAUUUAUCGUUCAUAGAAGACAUAUAGGCAUUCUUGGGUGGCAGCAAGGUUGACAUAUGCGAGAAAAGCAUUUAAUUACGCAGUUUCGUAAAAAAAAACAAGGGUCGUAAAUGGCGUGUAUGUGGGAUAUUCGUUAAUUAUCUGUGAAUUGAAUUUUUCUUUUUCAUGCAGAAAACAAAGAGUGAACAAAACACAACUCGUUAAUCUCCAGGGAGGGGGUUGGAGUCUCUCUUUUGUUCUUUAAGUACCUAGUUUUUCAAACAUGCCCAGGAAAUGAAGUGUAAAAAUUACUUGCUUGGAAAUUAGUCCUUUAAGGUACAAUGCACGCAUUGAUGAUCAAAAUGACGGACAGCCAACAUGAUCCAUUUUGUAACCUCAAUCUUGCACCGAGAUUUAAAAGUUCCCGCACUUUAUUUCGUUGAAUUGCGAGAAGUAUGGUGCCUGGUUACAGAUGGGAAAGGAAAUUAAUGCUUUGUAGCUUUAUUUAUUUAUUUCUCAAUUCUUUGGAUCACUUUUAACUUUACUUGAGGUAUCGAGCUUAUUUGCAACACUAGUGAAGUUGUGAGUGAUUUGGAAGGAUGUUUUUUUUUUUUGCCCUCUUCAGGCCGCUAUAAAAACGCUUGUUAUCGCAAAUCAGUAUUCCUCCUCUUCGUUUGUUGAAAAAGCGCUUUAUUAAAUUUAUGUUUAUCUUGCUGGUAGUACAUGGCUUGGUUUGUGAUGUAAAUUUAAAAUCUUUGAAGUCCAAAUUUUGCUAUGGUUAAAGAAGAAAGGUUAUCAUUAAACUUCCCAGCGAGUUAGUGUGACAGAUUCUCUCAAUGUUUCUUCCUAAGUUCAUUCGGAAGAAGAAAACUGUAGGUCAAAAAAUUUUUCCUUUAGUAUAGUUAUCAUUUGCACUGUUGAAUGUUUUAGUUCUUAAAGAAAACAAACAACAAAAGGCAAUUUGAAUAAUUAACUUUAAAAUUAUGGUUAGCAAUAACGUGUUACCUGUUCAAGACGACACUAAUUACUCUGAUCUCAUAGGAAAACUAACGUCUCGCUCUAACUAUAAUAUGGUAAGAACGUUUUACAUAUCGACAUAUAUCAAUGUUUUUUGGGGGGUUCAUGUGUCUCGAGCAUAGCUUUAUGAUUUCGUUUUCGACGGAGGGAGUUAUAUUGCCUUAAACGAAACGACAAUACAUGGACCACGCUCAAUAGGCCUGUCUGGAAACCAAUAGCUACGAAUUACGUUACCAUCAUAUAAAAACGUCAUCAUACUGCCUCAACAUCUUGAAGUCCUUAGACAAGCUUCCUCGAUGUUGGCAGCCACUCUUUCCUUUUUUUUUAUCCCAGUGUUUUCGUGCUGUGGUAAAGUACUGUUUUGUGGCUUUUCUUGAUCUUUAUAAUGAUUUAAAUGAUUCUGUACUUUUCAUAUUUAAUCUUCUGAAUGAUACGUUUAAAGCCCUGUUAGCCUUUUCGAAUCCAAAAUCAGAUCUAAUUAAGUGACUCUUUAAUUUAUCUUUUUAGCCGUUAGAUGCAAUUGUAUUUCUAUCUGCCUGUUGUCGCCAGUUUUAUAUAUUAUUCAGCUAAUAUGUUUCACGAAAUAUUUCCCAGUUAAUACUUGUUCCGCUUUGUUGAAGCUUAAAGUAAUAGUCCCUUCACUCUGUUUAAUUUUAAAGAGCUACUCUUCAGUUGAAUUCACCGCUACACUUUGCCACGUGAAGUGUGGAUUUUGUGUGUGGAUUAACUUGUUUGUCAUAAUUUCCAUUUAUCAGCGAGUUCGUUAUGAAAUAUUAAGGUUAAUACCUUGAGCGUGUUGUUUAUCUAGAAUUUUCCAUAACAUGCAAAUGUUGGCACGGUAUUUACAAAACUGGUUCAUGUUGUGCCAGAUCAUGCACGAAUUGUGCCUUGUCAAUUUUAUAAUUUCUUCGUUUCGUUUCUUUCUUGGAGCGUUUGUUGCUUUAGUGGCGUCCAGUGGCGCUGUGAUGGGGUAGAAUAUUCUCCAGUCUUUUCUAUAGACAAAGAAAUGACGUGUAUCUUUUGUGUCGGGAAAAUCCUUUGUUUGAACAAACUUAGCAAUUGGGCGUUCAAGACGUGUGUUGUUGGUGUGCUUCGCGCUUAACCCGCGAAAAUAUAACCUUAAACCAGAUCUUCUCCCAUUGUAACUGCGAAUCAGCGCCUCAGAAGAUUUUUCUAUCGAUUUUUGUGAAGUAAACUCGCCAAUAAAAUGGCAAAAGUCGAUGUGAUGAGGAUACUACAGCAAUAUGUCAAGAACAAAAUGGUACUUUAAUUUUCAAUGACCUAAAAAUUUAUUCAGUACAUCGUUUUUCGCCUAGUUUGUGAUCUUCCUAAAUUGUUAUUUAAUUUAUAUCUCUUUACUGUUUGAAAUAUUUUUAUUGCUUCUCUGUCGCUAGUAACGCUGGAACCUCGAUGUAGCGAAACCUCGUUAUAGCGAACACAUUUUGCCGGUCCCUCGGCUCUUCGUUACAUCGUGGUUUAACUGUUUUUGAAUUUUCGUUUGAAGAGCUUCAAAUAUCGACUAUAUUUAAUUGCUUCUAUAAGAGCUGCGUUGUGAAACUGUAGUUUGAAUAAUAUUCCACCUGAACUACUGGAGCCCUGCUUCUAAAUGAAAAUAUAUUGGAACCUCGAUAUAUAACUAACGGCCUAGGGACUGCCAAAAUGUGUUCGCAAUAACGAGGUUUUGUUAUGUCGAGGUUCUUUUCUAUAUAUUAAACAGUUUGGGGUAAAAUAAUCGUUUAUUAUACCGAGGAAGAGGUUCCACUAUAUAUUUUUGAAAUUUUUGGCAGCAAUGCAGUAAUUUUAUCUUAGUUUUUUUUCCCUCUUCGUCUUGAAUUUUUACGAUACUCUGGCAGCUGCUACUUAUAAUAUAAGGGCUGUAAACGUUUGUAGUUUGAAUAAUAUUGUCGCUGAAUGCCCCCUUGUACUGAUUCUGUUUAUGGAAAAAAAAAAUGCAUUUUGACUUUUUUUCCCCGCUUUUCCCGUUUUUUAGGAAGAAGAAGCUCGAAAAGAAACCGAACGAUGGGAACGGGAGGAAAAGGAAAGACAGGUAAGAAAUAAUUAUCAGGAAAGAAAUUCUAAAAUAUUCACUGAGCUGUUUGCACGCGUGUAAUACGUUCCUUUGUGAACCAUACAAAUGAAAUUCUAAGUAUAGCGCUUUCUUGCUGUGCUGUUUGUUGAGCUGUAUAAUGUUAUGCAUGGAUGAAGUGUAACCAGCUCUUUCUUGUGAUCUGAACUCGCCUGGCAAGUGGGUGACAGAGCUACUAAGCAGUUUGUAUUUUACUAAAUGUCAGAACUAUUUGUUAUGCUUGUCUAUUUUCUUACCCAGCCCCGUCGACACGAAUCCGGGUAUUUUUGAUAUCGCAUAUAUUAUACACGAAUCGGCCUUCCGUAGACGCGAAACCAUUAAAUCCGCUCUCCCAAACCGCUUCUUUUUGAAACCGCUUAAAGCCCCGUCCACACGAAUCGCGGGAAAAUAUUAGAGCGGUUUAAAAAAUGUCCCAAUUCGUGUGGACGGGUCCUCAGACUCGUUCGAAGUAUAUAAGAAAACAAAUGACAGUAACUUUCCUUUUUGGUCCGUUAUAUGAAUUAUGGGCGGUAUUUUAAUUCUCAUUUUAUGACGUUACAAUUUGUUUGUAACAUAUGAGUCGAAAAAGUGAGGAUUCACAAUACAGCUACCAAGUAGUACUUUCCUGUAGUAUUGUUCAAUAUCAAAAUUUGAGUCUUCAUAAGAUGAAAGGGAUCUUUACAAGAACUCAGUACAAGUCUUAAUGGAUGAAAUUCUUAAGUACGGUCAUCCAAUUAACAGUUAUUACCUGUCCUUUGUUUUGUUUGUUUGGUUUUUUUUAGUAGUCCUUUUCAUCUUGUUGUGCUGUAAAAAUUUGAUAGCGCUUUCGCAAUACUUUCAUUUAUUGAAUUACUGUCGACCUCGAACUUUAUUGAGCAAUAGCAUUUUUCUUCCCUGCAAAUUGUUUUUCAUUUUCGACCUGUUUAGGCAGCAGAUGUGACCGUUCGGGUCAAAUAUUUCGAGUAUUACAUUGUUGUGGCGGAGCCGGAAUAUUUCGUAAUAUUCUGCCUUAAAAUAUUAAUCACAUCUUUGUAUUCAAAUUAAAACCUGUGCCUUUCGAAAUUGAAAAGGUUAAAUUUCCUAUCUUGCGGGGGUUAAUUUUCCAGACAUAGUUUCUGCUUACUCGAGCAGACACUAUGAAUCACGUGUUGAUAUUAUAAGAAGUGACUUGCGUCAGUGUAAGCAACAGACCUCGACUUCUUCCCGUCGUGGGCGCUUCAUGUUGAAACUAUGUUACAAACUUUUACUGAACAACAUCGCUCGGAUUUCAUGGCUCCUCACACAUUAUUUACGAUCUGUUUAGUUGGCUGCAGGUUCAAAGGCCUUCAUGAGGUAAUUUAGUUUUUUUAGAAGGGUUUAACCAAUUUCUUUGGAGCUGAUUUACACUUUUCUUCUCGAGAGCUUUACAAUAUUGUAGAUUUGAACUCCUUUAAUUCGAACUCGGUUAUCUCUGAUUCCCCCGUGUAACUCAACCAAUUAUACCAUCUGUGGCUCAAUUUUCAGUUUUAACCCCACUAACUCGAACCACUGCUAUUUCAAUCUACAUUUGUUGUCAUUGGGAGUUGGAAAUCGCGGGGUUUCUGACUAUUCAAAGUUCAGCAGAAAUUUCCGCUUAAGGAGAAACGGAAGGCACUUUUACAUGAGGCGAACUCUCCUUACUUUUUCGAGAAACAAUUUAAACUUUUAUGCGCUGACUCUUGUUUCCACAAAGGAAAAAUAAACGCAGGUUUAUACACAGCUAUGGAGCGUGAUUAUUAAUCACACUGUGUGAAUAACUACGUAAUAACUCUUCGCCAAAAGUUGCUCGUCAUUGUUAUCUUGUACAAGUUACAAAUUAAUAUUUUACGCUUUCAUGGAAAUCGUACUUUCUAACGUUCUUACUUUAUCGCGCAGCUCGGAGAAAUUAGCAGUGUUUCACUUUCUUUCGGAAGUUGUAUUCGUAUUCAUUGCCAUUUACAUUUGUAGUGUUGAAUAAAGCACUUAUCUACAAAGUUUCCCAGUUUUAGAAGUUUCGAAAUGUCUGUUCUUAUUUAUCCCCGAAUACUUAAAUACAGAAAGAAAAUUCACCAAGACAAUAAAAUGGACGCGCAAUCUAGCAAGAAAACAUGUAGGAUUUACAACCUGAUGUAUUAAGUGCAUUAAGUAAUACCACUAAUUCAAGUCUGAUUAUGGAUAUUUGCGUGUGACAUAUCUGCUAGUUUACAAAAAACAGUACAAAUAAUGUGGUUGCUCAGAUUUAAUAUUAGUCGAUACUUAUAAAGUUUACUCUCCUGGUUUGUAUUUUGUUUGCUGAAAGUUUCUCGUGGCAGAUUUCAGAAGCCAGACCUUUCAAUUGGAAAAUAACAUGAUAGGAAAAUACCCUUAACCUAGUCAAACCGUAGUGUUUGUAACAUGUCUUUGUUUGACAAAGUUGCGAUUCAAAUUUGUGUGAUUGUUUGUUUGUUUCUUUCACUGAAACUCUCUGUGGCUUUUCCAACUAACCGACACUUACUCUUUUUUGUAGGAAGCGCUUCGUAAAAGACUAGAAGACACCAAAGGGAUUACAGAGGAGAAACCGGUAUUUUUUUUCUUUAAUUAACCUAAAGCCGUACCGUGAAGUGUAGUUGUAGAUUUGCCAACUUGAGUAGCAACUAAUUGCUUACUUCGUUGAUCUAUUUAAGUGCAUUUCAACAGUAUUAUGUUUUUCAUAUGUUAUCAAAUCGAAUUUUAAUUUCUAUUAUUUCUUUUAAACAAACCCAUUGAAGAAUAAUUCUGGUGUUUCGGAAGUCCUGUUAACACUUGCUGACUUGCUUUGAGGAAGUUGGGGAGCGGUUUACUUACUUUACCACGAAGGAACAUUCCUGUCUCAAGGAAUUUGUUGAUGUCCAUAAAGUCACGUUUUUGGGUGGCGUGUUUACUAUCGUCUCGUAGAAGUUUUUUUUUAAAAAAAAAAAAAACAGCUAUUAUUUUCAGUCACUCCCUCAGGGCGGUAUCUUAAAAUUUCAGGCAAACAAAGAAAUUAACAAUGUAGGUCAACGUUGUCGCCAUUUUAUUUUUUUCAUUCCUGAUUCCGCUUUCAAAGUACGUGAUCAAUCCACGAGACCAAAUAGUAAACAGAACAGCUCCUCUUCGAUGUCCCGGACAAAGCAGCAAUAGCAACGUCUUGCUUAGUUUGGUACAGAAAACCAAGCUACAGUGAAGUAAAAUUACAGUUAUUGAACUUUCAGAUCGUUUGAAUGUGCACUACAAAAGUCACGUGUUAACCUUCUUUCAGACACAAAAAAUAUUUUAUUGCUGUGGUGUUGAAAGGUAGUAUACGGGAAGUUCUUGCUUAAAAAUUCAAGUAAGACACCAGUUCGUCAGAUUUUUGGAGUCGAUGAUCUCAUUUUGAAAUAGCCCAAGAACUUACAGAUCUCGACGAAAAUGUUGAUUACAAACACUUAUGACUCCCUCCAACCGUACAGCCGUUCGUUUAGCAGUUUUGUCUUAAUCCAGUGAAGCAAAGCGUUUGUGGUCAACUAUGAUAAUAAGCUUCACGUUUCCCACGCUCAAUUUUUCACAACACGUGAAGACAGUCUCUUGGAUAGUUGGGCCUCACGCGUUUGAACAUAUUGUUUUUUUCGAUGGCUUUCGAAACUAAAAUUCCAAAAUUCAAAUCAGAUCCAGCUAAAAGUAAGGGUUAGUGACAUUCAAUAAAAUAAACAUGGUUAACAAACUUGGAACGUAAAGCGAACAGACGCACACGGAAGUACGGUGUAUCAUCUUCCGUUGAUGACACGGCUUGAGGAUUUUAUACCUCGAUAGAAUCAAGCUAGAUCCACCUUAUACAGCACAAUUAACAGCACCACAGGAAAUUGCUACUCAGUAGCUUUCAUUACUUACUGUAGGAAUUCAUUUGUAGAUUCAAAAUUUAAAAACAACCUUUUACAGCACAGGACAGUACCGCUUGACAGUAUUUUGUACUAAUUAAUGGGUUUCAUGGGAAUGGUAAUCUCUCUUUAAGGAGAGAACUACUCUACCAACAAAUAUUUGCAGAAGCUAUAUAUUUCCAUAUUAAUAAGAUAUCUUUUCUUAUAGUAAAUUCUAAAUAUUUAACAAGUUUGUGUUUGCCUUUUUUAGGGUAUAAACAGAGCGGUUACAGGUUCCGAUCACGCACAGAGAACGUCCGAGGAAGCUGCGUUGGAUAAAACGCGUCAUUCAAGCAGCGACUCUGCGAAAGAUUCCGCACCGCAGUCUCCAAAACGAGCCCUAACGGCGGCCGAAAAACGUGCUCUUGAGGCGGAAAAACGUGCGGCCAUGAGACAACAGCGCAUGCGUGAACUCGAGGAAGAUGCCUUGAAGGCGCAAGUGGUUAUUGCGCAAGUGAAAGCAAUGUCUGCCUCGUCACUCGAGACUCUCGCUGUCAAUUCCCCGGAUGGAGACCGGAAGUCAAGCGCGUCGGACUUUGACCUUCAUGACGGGAGCCCCGGAGGGCCAAGAAGGUCUAGUGGUUCUUCUACAAAAUCGACGUAA